GUUUUAGGCAUUGUGAAUGAAACAUGCUGUUAAGUGGGUAUUGCCAAAUUACUUAACUGUAAGUGACACAUGUAUAUUUUCUUCUUCUCUAAAAUACACAUUGCAUAAGUUCCAUUUCAGUCCGAAAUCAAUUAAACUUACCUUGUACUAUUUAACUGCUCAUUUCUGUUGAUCAAAUCAAAUUUUGUCACAUGCACCGAAUACAUGUGUAGACCUUACAGUGAAAUGCUUACUUACAAGCCCUUAACCAACAAUGCCUUUUUAAGAAAGAAUACCAAACAAAUCCAAAAAAUACAAUAUAAAAUAAUACUAAAUAAAAGUAACAAAUAAUUAAAGAGCAGCAAUAAAAAUAACAAUAGCGAGGCUAUAUACAGGGGGUACCGGUACCGAGUCAAUGUGCGUGGGCACUGGUUAGUCGAGGUAAUAUGUACAUGUAGGUAGAGUUAUUAAAGUGACUAUGCAUAGAUAAACAGAGUAGCAGCUGCGUAAAAGAGGGGGUGGGGUGGGCAAUGCAAAUAGUCUGAGUAGCCAUUUGAUUAGAUGUUCAGGAGUCUUAUGGCUUGGGGGUAGAAGCUGUUUAGAAGCCUCUUGGACAAUUUCCAUGGAAACACAUGCAUUGUUUUUCUACAGACUGCAUGUUCAUCUAUUAUAUGUUCUGCAUUCCAACAGGAUUAUCAGAUAGAAGCUAUUGACAAUGAAGGUUGACAGAAGCAAGUUAAAGAAAACCCCCACAGAAGCUGUGAGUAUGCAUCAUAAUGUUGGCUCUGUCUGUAGUCCGUCUUGGACUCACUAGGAGGUCCCCAGGCCUGCACUCUGUGUACAUGUCCUUUACAGUCCUCCCCCCCUCUCUCUCUACCACCCUCCAAACUCCUCUCUCGCCCUCUCUUCCUCACAGCCUGCGGACUGCAGGACGCUCAUAGAGAAGCUCAAGGGAUGCAGCGACGAGCAACUGCUGUUGGAGCUGCAGCACAUCAAGACCUGGAAUAUUGGCAAGGUGAGCAGGAGGGUAAAAUACCUAGGGGAGGGAGAGGCACUUAACAAAUUAUUUGUUAAUGUCACACUUCUGGGUGACGUUCAUUCUUUGUAUUAGAUCACAUUUUCAUACAGAGGCGGUACCUUACCCGAUCAGGUAAAUGUAUAGAAAUGUUUCAGAUUUCCCAGAACCAGUUUAAGAAAUGUUUCAGGUUUCCCAGAACCGUUUUAAGCUUCCUCCUCGUUUUUAAUAUUAUGCGUUUUAGUCAAAUCAAACUUCAUUUGUCACAUGCGCCGAAUACAACAGGUGUAGACCUUACCGUGAAAUGCUUACUUACAAGCCCUUAAUCAACAAUGCAGUUCAAGAAAAUAUUUACCAAAUAAACGAAAGUAAAAAAUUAUAAAAAGUAACACAAUAACAAUAAUGAGGCUAUAUACAGGGGUUACCAGUACCGAGUCAAUGGCUUAAUCUGGAUCUGGGAAACCGGCACUGUGUAUUAAACCGACAUGACCCUGAAUUGGGGUCACCUGAGACAUAUCCUCGUUCACCUGGGCUGUAGAACAAACAAUCCUCUGACACGUAACAGUUAUAUUCAUUACAUUUCUAUCUGUAACGUUCCACAACAUUUGUCUGCUGAACGUGGCCCAGGUGUUGAUGCUCAAUCAGCAGAACGUUACCUGUAUCUUAAGUGAUUUCUAGAGUCCUCACCUGCCCCUCUCCUCUCCAGUGUGAGCUGUACCACUGGGUGGACCUGCUGGACCGCUUCGAUGGGAUCCUGUGUGACGCGGGCCAGACUGUGGAGAACAUGUCCUGGCUGCUGGUGUGUGACCGGCCGGACAACGGGCAGCUCAAAGCCCUGCUGCUAGCCGUGCUCAACUUUACCGCCCUGCUCAUCGAGUACAGCUUCUCCAGGCACCUCUACAGCUCUAUAGAGGUAGGAGUAGGACCACUCUCCAGUUAACACAAUGACCAGGGACAGUAGGACCACUCUCCAGUUAACACAAUGACCAGGGACAGUAGGACCACUCUCCAGUUAACACAAUGACCAGGGACAGUAGGACCACUCUCCAGUUAACACAAUGACCAGGGACAGUAGGACCACUCUCCAGUUAACACAAUGACCAGGGACAGUAGGACCACUCUCCAGUUAACACAAUGACCAGGGACAGUAGGACCAGGGGCGGUGUGUUCAUUAGGGCGAUAUGGGCGACGCACUGCCAAACGGGAAAAGGAAGGGAUUUUUUUUCUAAUCAAUUAUAUCACGGCAACAGUAGUUAUCAGUGUUCUAAUCUAGACGUCUGAUCUAAUAAUAAAUAAUAAUAUGCCAUUUAGCAGACGCUUUUAUCCAAAGCGACUUACAGUCAUGUGUGCAUAAAUCUUUGUGUAUGGGUGGUCCCGGGGAUCGAACCCACUACCCUGGCGUUACAAGCGCCGUGCUCUGAUCUGCCACUAAAUGUCCAAUCAGGCUAAAGUCGUGCUUCAAAUGGCCCCGCCCCUUUUGGGGCGAUUUCAGUCAGGUUGAAAAUCGCCCAGGAGUCUCUCAUAGACUCUCAUGUAAAAUCUUUUUUUUUUCAAAUAUCAGAGCUUUCAAUACAAUCUCUAUGGGUUCCGGGAGGGCUUGCACUUACGCGCUUUCGUCAUACGUAACAUAAGUAACCAUGAACAUAACUAAGAAAAGAGCGGGUAGCAGCGUCAAUCAAUUCACGUACUACUGUCAAGAUGGCUAGCUUUGCGAGGCAAAGAUGAAACUGAGGGCUCCACCAACCCUGGUAUUUUUCUUGGACUUGUCAACUUUGUGGCACAAUUAGAUGAGGUGUUUGAUGACCAUCUUAAAAAUGCUAAAGUUUUCAAGGGCACAUCAAAGACCAUUCAAAACGAGCUACUGGAGUGUAUGCUAGCGGUCAUGAGGGAACAUAUUGUGGAGGAGGUGAAGUCGGCGAACUUCGUAGCUAUCCAAGCUGACGAGACCACGGACGUUUCUACACAGACACAGCUGGUGCUUGUGCUGAGGUACAUAGAUAGCAACCACAAAGUGCAGGAGCGCUUUUUUGAGUUCCUUCGCAUCUCGGAAUCAACCUCAGUCUCAAUCGCCAGUGUGCUUUUGGAGAGACUGAACGGUCUUUUUGCCGACGACGAGAAAGUCAAACUCAUUGCGCAAGCUUACGAUGGAGCCAGUGUGAUGAUGGGAGAGAAGGCUGGUGUGCAGCAAAAGGUGCGUGAGCAUUUCAAGAAUGCCCAUUGCGUGCAUUGCUAUGCGCAUCAGCUGAAUUUGAUCAUGCAGCAAGCUAGAACAGUUUCAGUACAAGUAAUGUAGCCUCUCUCGCUCUUUGUCCCUCCCUGUCUGUCUCUUUAACACACACACGUCCAAAUCAGUUCACAGUUGAUGUUGUUUAAAAUAGUUAUUUUUCAUUUUUUUUAAAAAGUAAAAAAAAAAAAAAAAAAAUCUGUUCAUGUUCAUUUUUACAAAUCUAUACAAUUGGCCAGAAUAUGGUUGUUCAUAUUUACAAAUCUAUACAAUUGGCCAGAAUAUGGUUAAAGCCAUACAGAUAGCUGUGUUUACCUUUUCUAGAAAUUAUUUUCAAAUUCUGUUUUCAGGCAAAAUGUCUAUCACUGUUCAUUUUCACAAAUCUAUACAAGAGGGCAGAAUAUGGAAGUCUAUAAACAUUUCUUAUUACCAAUAACUUGCAUCAAUGUUUUCAGUAGCCUCUAUCAAAAGCUCCUGCUUGCUUGUUGUGAAUUAUGCUCAGGUGCACAUAUUUCCAAUUCAACCAUGAGGCCUUUUUGAAGCAAGUAAUGUGUAUAUCAGUAUUGACUUAUAUGCUGCCCCUGUCUUCAUGUUGUUGCUGGACAUAUCUUUUUUAAAAUGUGUGUAGGUCACCUAAAUCAUCAGAAAAAUUGCCCCCCCUGAGAAUUUUUUCAGGAGCUGCCACUGAGUAGGACCACUCUCCAGUUAACACAAUGACCAGGGACAGUAGGACCACUCUCCAGUUAACACAAUGACCAGGGACAGUAGGACCACUCUCCAGUUAACACAAUGACCAGGGACAGUAGGACCACUCUCCAGUUAACACAAUGACCAGGGACAGUAGGACCACUCUCCAGUUAACACAAUGACCAGGGACAGUAGGACCACUCUCCAGUUAACACAAUGACCAGGGACAGUAGGACCACUCUCCAGUUAACACAAUGACCAGGGUCAUGUUCAGUAGGGCAUACUGAAUAUUCAACUGUGGACCACUUCUUAUCGGACAAGUUCAGGUUCCCUUAAACAUUUUCUCCCUUCUGACACAACCCAUUUGUUCACAAUGACUCAUUUGUUCACAAUGACGCGGUUUCCUCUCCCAUUGUGUGGGUGAAGCGGGCCUCCCUGCCUAGCUCUGUUGGGACCCCCCUGCCUAAAAUAGUUUGACAUCUUGGUUUAAAUUGACAGUUUUGAUGCCAGAGGGCCUAGGUGUUGCUUUGGGGGCCUUUGGAAAAAAAUUAUCUAGGAGACACAUUGUGUAAAGGUUAAAUUAAUAAACUGUCUCCUUCUCUCUGGGUGAUGCACCUGUCACAAACCUAGGUGGAAUGAGCCAAUCAGUCUCUCACUUUCUCUCCUCACAGCACUUGACCACCUUGUUAGCGUCGUGUGACAUGCAGGUGGUUCUGUCUGUGCUGAACCUCCUGUACGUGUUCAGUAAACGCUCCAACUACAUCACCAGACUGGGCUCCGACAAGAGGACCCCUCUACUGGCACGCCUACAACAUCUGGCUGAGGUACCGUACAGGUGGCAGAAGAAGAACAUGUUAUCAGAUAUCCUGAUAAAGACAUGCUUGUUGAUUGCUUGUUUAUGCAUGUCCAUGUUAAGCCGACUAAACUUUGAUUAUGAGUGACAGAGCCAUUUGUUUUUGGCUUUCAGUCUUACUGGUUUUCAACAUGUAAGCCACAGCUUAUUUUGUUGUUAGCACUUGGUGUUGUAUUUCAAAACUAACUGGCCAACCGUAUAGAGCAGUAGAGUAAAAGUUAUUGUCUGUUAAUGUAUGUGCCUUGAUAUUUAGCCUAGGUAAUGAAGUUACAGUGGGGGAAAAAAGUAUUUAGUCAGCCACCAAUUGUGCAAGUUCUCCCACUUAAAAAGAUGAGAGAGGCCUGUAAUUUUCAUCAUAGGUACACGUCAACUAUGACAGACAAAUUGAGAAAAAGAAAUCCAGAAAAUCACAUUGUAGGAUUUUAAAUGAAUUUAUUUGCAAAUUAUGGUGGAAAAUAAGUAUUUGGUCACCUACAAACAAGCAAGAUUUCUGGCUCUCACAGACCUGUAACAACUUCUUCUUUAAGAGGCUCCUCUGUCCUCCACUCGUUACCUGUAUUAAUGGCACCUGUUUGAACUUGUUAUCAGUAUAAAAGACACCUGUCCACAACUUCAAACAGUCACACUCCAAACUCCACUAUGGCCAAGACCAAAGAGCUGUCAAAGGACACCAGAAACAAAACUGUAGACCUGCACCAGGCUGGGAAGACUGAAUCUGCAAUAGGUAAGCAGCUUGGUUUGAAGAAAUCAACUGUGGGAGCAAUUAUUAGGAAAUGGAAGACAUACAAGACCACUGAUAAUCUCGAUUUGGGGCUCCACGCAAGAUCUCACCCCGUGGGGUCAAAAUGAUCACAAGAACGGUGAGCAAAAAUCCCAGAACCACACAGGGGGACCUAGUGAAAGACCUGCAGAGAGCUGGGACCAAAGUAACAAAGCCUACCAUCAGUAACACACUACGCCGCCAGGGACUCAAAUCCUGCAGUGCCAGACGUGUCCCCCUGCUUAAGCCAGUACAUGUCCAGGCCCGUCUGAAGUUUGCUAGAGUGCAUUUGGAUGAUCCAGGAGAGGAUUGGGAGAAUGUCAUAUGGUCAGAUGAAACCAAAAUAGAACUUUUUGGUAAAAACUCAACUCGUCGUGUUUGGAGGACAAAGAAUGCUGAGUUGCAUCCAAAGAACACCAUACCUACUGUGAAGCUUUGGGGCAUGCUUUGGGGCUGUUUUUCUGCAAAGGGACCAGGACGACUGAUCCGUGUAAAGGAAAGAAUGAAUGGGGCCAUGUAUCGUGAGAUUUUGAGUGAAAACCUCCUUCCAUCAGCAAGGGCAUUGAAGAUGAAACGUGGCUGGGUCUUUCAGCAUGACAAUGAUCCCAAACACACCGCCCGGGCAACGAAGGAGUGGCUUCGUAAGAAGCAUUUCAAGGUCCUGGAGUGGCCUAGCCAGUCCCAGAUCUCAACCCCAUAGAAAAUCUUUGGAGGGAGUUGAAAGUCUGUGUUGCCCAGCGACAGCCCCAAAACAUCACCGCUCUAGAGGAGAUCUGCAUGGAGGAAUGGGCCAAAAUACCAGCAACAGUGUGUGAAAACCUUGUGAAGACUUACAGAAAACGUUUGACCUGUGUCAUUGCCAACAAAGGGUAUAUAACAAAGUAUUGAGAAACUUUUGUUAUUGACCAAAUACUUAUUUUCCACCAUAAUUUGCAAAUAAAUUCAAAAAAAAUCCUACAAUGUGAUUUUCUGUAUUUUUUUUUCUCAUUUGGUCUGUCAUAGUUGACGUGUACCUAUGAUGAAAAUUACAGGCCUCUCUCAUCUUUUUAAGUGGGAGAACUUGCACAAUUGGUGGCUGACUAAAUACUUUUUUCCCCCACUGUAUAUGGAUAGGUUUUAGGAGCUGUUCUGAGUCUGUGUGAUUUUGUUAUCCCUGUAGAGUUGGGGAGGGAAGGAGAAUGGCUUCGGUCUGGCCGAGUGCUGCAGGGACCUGCCUAUGACGGUGAGGCUGAACCUUUAUCUUUGUCACAAUCUAUAAAGGCUAGCGGUCUCCAGACAAUUGGCUCAUUUGCUUUGUAAUGAUUACUUUUCCCAUUAUGACUGUCAAAUUAUACUAAUGAUGUUUGUUUUCAUCAACCCCCCCCCCCCCGACUCACCUAUCCUCUCCUCUGUUUGCACCCCCCUCCCUAUCCCCCUGUCUCUCUCCCUGGCCCCUCUUUGGUGGCCUCCCUCUCCUUCCACAUCUCUUCUCUUGGCCUCCCUCUCCUUCCACAUCUCCUUUCUCUUGGCCUCCCUCUCCUUCCACAUCUCCUUUCUCUUUGCCUCCCUCUCCUUCCACAUCUCCUUUCUCUUUGCCUCCCUCUCCUUCCACAUCUCCUUUCUCUUGGCCUCCCUCCCCUCUCCUUCCAUAUCUCCUUUCUCUUGGCCUCCCUCCCCUAUCCCUGUAAUGGUGACCUGAGCAGAAGUACCCUCCCAGUGCCACCACACUGCACUUUGAAUUCUACGCUGAACCUGGCCCUGAGGUCAAAGUGGAGAGGAAGGUAAAGACUGACACAUUUCCUUGUACUGUACCAGAAAGCAAAUAUUAGUGUGCAACUAAUGCAUGUCCCUGGUCUUUAGUAAGUAAUGUCUUGUUAUGAGUGGAUUUAUUGACCAUUUGUGAACUUUCUCUCCGCCCAACAGAACAGCAGUAACACAUUACACUACAUUCACAUCGAACAGCUCGACAAGGUAAGGGACAAAUGUUGUCUAUUUUCUCCGAGCAUUUAAUUAAUUUAACCGAAGACUGUGAAAAAUAGUCAAUUUACCCUUUAAUUCGUUUAGGAUUAAGUUGCUUUUCUGACGUUGAUCCCACAUUCAUAUUAAAUCAUUUUCCUGAUGUUCUAUCUUGUCCUGCUCACAUUCUUCCCUGUGUGUCUUUCCAGAUCUCUGAGAGUCCCAGUGAGAUCAUGGAGUCUCUGACGGUGAUGUACAACAUCCCUAAAGACAAGCAGACCCUGCUGUUCACACACAUCCGACUGGCCCAUGGCUUCUCCAACCACAAAAAGAGACUACAGGCUGUACAGGCCAGGCUCCACGCCAUCUCUAUACUGGGUAAGAGGGAGUGUAGUGUGUGUUUGCUGCCUCGAUAUAGUUCAAAAGAGGUUAUAAUUGAUUGGAUUUAUAUAGAACUUUUCCAGACUCUCAAACCGUCAUUUACCGCCUCCAAUGAUAUGGUGGUUUCCUUCAACCAAUGUUCAGUCGGCCGUCAGUGCUUAUGUCUCUGUGUUCUGAUGUUUACCUGUGUUUCUGUAUUGUCUAUGUCUGACGCAUCAAAUUCAAUUUUCCCUCUGGGGAUCAAUACAGUUAAUUAAUUUCAUCCAUUUCAUGAGUUUGCGUGGUAGCUAAUUGUAUUGUGGCGUUCUCUCCCUCCACAGUGUACUCCAAUGCACUCCAGGAGUCGGCCAACAGUAUUCUCUACAACGGCUUGAUAGAGGAGCUGGUGGAUGUGCUACAGAUUACAGACAAACAGCUAGUGGUAAGAAAUUAAGUUUACCCCUCUCUCCUUUCCCCUCUGUCUAUCCUGCUGCCCCUAAUGGGUUGGUGGGUCUGUGUCACAUACCAAUAGCAGGUGUGAAAUUGGAGCCAAUAUUGUGACUGCAAUCAUGUCAUAUUAUAGACCAGUAUCAGAUGUCACUGGAUUGUAGUUAAUGUAACUAAUACAAGACAGCGAUCACUGCAAUGUGGUCAGAUUUUGUCCAAUGUUUUGGAAUUGCAUGACAAUACAAUCAUGAUUGUCUUGGCAUUGUAUAUGUCCCUAAAGUGUUCCCACAGUCCUGGAAAAAAAUGAUAUCCUGAAAAGUCCAUGAAAACAGACCUUUAGGCCUCUAUGCAGCUCUGUAGUUUCAUGAAAACCCUGUCUCUUUCCUCAGGACAUAAAGGCAGCGUCAUUACGUACCUUAACAUCCAUAGUGCACCUGGAGAGGACACCCAAGCUGUCCAACAUCAUCGACUGCACCGGCACAGCCUCCUACCACGGCUUCCUACCUGUACUGGUGCGCAACUGCAUACAGGCCAUGAUCGGUGAGUUGUCUGUCAGUGGAAGAGGAUCAUUGGUCGAUUUGUACUUGUACUGGUUUUGAUGCCAGUCCAAUGAGAAGACAAACAUUUACAUUUUAGUCAUUUAGCAGACACUCUUAUCCAGAGCGACUUAGUUUGAUAGGUACAAACAAUGGAGUAACACAACGUGAGAUCUGGGGUUAUGGUCGGAUAUGACUGUUGUACUAAGCUCUGAAAAGAAACUCUAAGAUCUAUUCUUCUAGAGUCUAUGGGUAUUUCAGUUUCCCGUCACUAUGCCUGUCUGUGUGACUGAGUAAAAUCCAGUGGCGGCUGAUGGACCCAGCUCUAGGAAGCAGGGCUGCCUUAACAAAUGGGCAACUGCAUCAAAAAUAAUUGAUUGAAGUGACCGUUGAACAGAGAUCAAUAUCCCUGACUGUGCCUCUAACCUCCUGCGGUGGGUGUGUUUGUCUCCUCAGACCCUCUGAUGGAGCCGUACCCGCACCAGUUUGCCACUGCUUUGUUCUCCUUCCUCUACCACCUGGCCAGCUACGACGCUGGGGGGGAGGCCCUGGUGUCCUGUGGGAUGAUGGAAGCCCUGCUCAAGGUAAAGAAACACUCGCUCACCUGGCGUCUACUCACCAAGCAUACUCGUAUCCUUUUUAUUCUGCUGAGCUGGCCUGGUUUCCCUAUGUACAUAUGCUGCGCAGGUGUCUGAUAUUUUCAAGAUCUGUUGAUCGCCCAAAGAUGUCUGUGUAUGUCCGGUCCAGCAUACUCGCUCGCUCUGCAAAAAGGCUGAACAGACCUAAAUAUAUCCUUCCUGCUUAUGUUGCCCGUAGGUCAUUGUUUUUUAAGACAAGAAUAGGCUUGGUCUGUGAAUCUGGUCUAUGGUGUUUGGAUGCACCCAGUCUCAGCUCCCUCUCCCUCACUUCCUCUGUAGGUGAUCAAGUUCCUGGGGGACGAGCAGGACCAGAUCACGUUUGUCACGCGUGCGGUCCGAGUGGUGGACCUCAUCACCAACCUGGACAUGGCAGCCUUCCAGUCACAUACCGGCCUUACCAUCUUCAUCAGCAGGCUGGAGGUAGGGUCCUGUACACAGGCACGUACACACCUAACACACAAGGGCAGGCUCCUCUGCCUAUCUCUUUUGCCCCCAGCCAAAAACGCUUAUAUUAGUUUAAAUUGACAUGUUGGUGCCAGAGGGCUUUGAAGUUGCUUUGGGGGCCUUUGUGACCCACCUGGGAAAUAAUAAAUGUGUUGCAUAAAUAACCUGAGUGGGUGACGACACACCUCACUGCCUGGGAUCUGACGCAGCACUCUAGGGGCUCUGUACUUUGCUCGGAGUCAUGGCUUGAACAACCGUGUGCCAAACUCCUGUACACUCUCCUCCUCUCUCUUCCUCCUCUUUCUUUUUAUCCCCCUCUUUCACUCUCUAUCCAUCUUUCUCUCCUUCUCCCUCUCUCUCUCUCUCUCUCUCUCUCUCUCUCUCUGCAGCAUGAGGUGGACCUGUCGAGAAAAGAGUGCCCUUUUGUCAUCAAGCCAAAGAUCCAGAGACUCAACUCUACCGUGGAAUCUGAGGACAUGGACACGGACGCGGACGGCCAGUCAGAAAGCGGUAGGCUCCUUUUCUUUUCUGUUGUCAAUCAACUGUUCUGUACAUCGGGCUAUAGCCCUACAUUUGUUGAAGAGACCAUAUUAAGGGAUCAACAUGGUUAUAAUAGCACUAGUUUAAGGUGUUAGUCUAAAAAAGAUACCUUGUUUUGGUCAGUCAAUAUAGAUCCAUUUGAUUGACUUUUGUUGAGGGUUAAACUGUAUGUGGACUUACUGUCCAGUGAUUUACAUUUUUUACAUUUGUCAUUUUAGCAGACGCUCUUAUCCAGAGUGACUUACAGUUAGUGAGUGCAUAAAUUUUUCAUACUGGCCCCCCGUGGGAAUCGAACCCACAACCCUGGCGUUGCAAGCGCCAUGCUCUACCAACUGAGCUACAGGAGGCCAGUGAUGGUUCUAUAAUAGUUAGCUAGCUACGUGCUGUAGUGUUAUGGUCGCUACCAACAAACUAAUGAGCUCCCAAAACUAGAAUGAAAAGAGUUAAAUGGUCUCCAUUUUUCCACGUUUUCCUUUCCUUUGUUAUGGGUGAUAAUAUAGAUCCAGAGUUGGCUGUUGUGGCUGCUGGCUCUGGUGUUGUGGCUGCUGGCUCUGGUGUUGUGGCUGCUGGCUCUGGUGUUGUGGCUGCUGGCUCUGGUGUUGUGGCUGCUGGCUCUGGUGUUGUGGCUGCUGGCUCUGGUGUUGUGGCUGCUGGCUCUGGUGUUGUGGCUGCUGGCUCUGGUGUUGUGGCUGCUGGCUCUGGUGUUGUGGCUGCUGGCUCUGGUGUUGUGGCUGCUGGCUCUGGUGUUGUGGCUGCUGGCUCUGGUGUUGUGGCUGGGUGUGGUGGUGUUAUAACUGAAAUAUAAUAAGAACUGGAGACUGCGUCCAAGAUGUCCAACUGUUAUUUUCAAGGUAAUAUACUCACGUUCACAGAACGCCAAUUCAUGAACUGUCUAUAUCCUGCUUGCAUCUGGUUUAUAUGGACCAACAUCACAUGCGCACUAGCACUGUGUGCACAGGAAGCAGCGAUGACGUUAUCCAAAAACAUGGUAGACAUUGGAUAAAUCUAAAAUGUUAAUAUCUUAACAGUGAUUAGGGGGGGGGGGGGAAUAGACCUCAGCUACAAAGGUGAUGACUAACGUGUCUUAUUAGUAAUUUUCCAAUCUGACUUCUCUGUGGCCGUCUAUGGAAAUGGUCUUUCUGGAUUAAUUUGCAUAAUUUAGUGGAAUUAAAUUGGCGUGUUUAUUAUCGUUAGUCGUCUCGCAUCUUAUUUAUCACGCAUACAGAGCCUAGUUUGAGGAGCAGAAUAUCCUAUCACCUAUCAGACAGCGCCAGAGUAGCUCCUCACUGGAGUGAAACGUGCUUUUGUAAGGCCAGUCAUUGUGCAACAAAUAACAAUUCUAAAUGCAAUCACUUUAACUUUGAUGGCCACAAUUUAAAAGGAAAAAUAUUUCUCAAUCUUAACUCAUAAUUAAAGCGCCCCUCCCAUUUGCCAUGGGAGCCUAGUUUGAGGAGUGGAGUAUCCUAUCACCUGAUAGUACAGUCAUGGUCAAAAGUUUUGAGAAUGACACAAAUAUUAAUUUUCACAAAGUCUGCUGCCUCAGUUUUUAUGAUGGCAAUUUGCAUAUACUCCAGAAUGUUAUGAAGAGUGAUCAGAUGAAUUGCAAUUAAUUGCAAAGUCCCUCUUUGCCAUGAAAAUGAACUUAAUCCCCCCAAAAAUGUUCCACUGUAUUUCAGCCCUGCCACAAAAGGACCAGCUGACAUCAUGUCAGUGAUUCUCUCAUUAACACAUGUGAGAGUGUUGACGAGGACAAGGCUGGAGAUCACUCUGUCAUGCUGAUUGAGUUAGAAUAACAGACUGGAAGCUUUAAAAGGAGGGUGGUGCUUGAAAUCAUUGUUCUUCCUCUGUUAACCAUGGUUACCUGCAAGGAAACACGGGCCGUCAUCAUUGCUUUGCACAGAAAGGGCUUCACAGGCAAGGAUGUUGCUGCUAGUAAGAUUGCACCUAAAUCAACCAUUUAUCGGAUCAUCAAGAACUUCAAGGAGAGAGGUUAAAUUGUUGUGAAGAAGGCUUCAGGGUGCCCAAGAAAGUCCAGAAAGCGCCAGGACCGUCUCCUAAAGUUGAUUCAGCUGCGGGAUCGGGGCACCACCAGUGCAGAGCUUGCUCAGGAAUGGCAGCAGGCAGGUGUGAGUGCAUCUGCACGCACAGUGAGGCGAAGACUUUUGGAGGAUGGCCUGGUGUCAAGAAGGGCAGCGAGGAAGCCACUUCUCUCCAGGAAAAACAUCAGGGACAGACUGAUAUUCUGCAGAAGGUACAGGGAUUGGACUGCUGAGGACUGGGGUAAAGUCAUUUUCUCUGAUGAAUCCCCUUUCCGAUUGUUUGGGGCAUCCGGAAAACACCUUGUCAGGAGAAGACAAGGUGAGCGCUACCAUCAGUCCUGUGUCAUGCCAACAGUGGGCUCACUCACAAUUUUGCCUAAGAACACAGCCAUGAAUAAAGAAUGGUACCAACACAUCCUCCGAGAGCAACUUCUCCCAACCAUCCAAGAACAGUUUGGUGACGAACAAUGCCUUUUCCAGCAUGAUGGAGCACCUUGCCAUAAGGCAAAAGUGAUAACUAAGUGGCUCGGGGAACAAAACAUCGAAAUUUUGGGUCCAUGGCCAGGAAACUUAAUCCUCAAGAGGCGGGUGGACAAACAAAAACACACAAAUUCUGACAAACUCCAAGCAUUGAUUAUGCAAGAAUGGGCUGCCAUCAGUCAGGAUGUGGCCCAGAAGUUAAUUGACAGCAUGCCAGGGUGGAUUACAGAGGUCUUGAAAAAGAAGGGUCAACACUGCAAAUAUAGACUCUUUGCAUAAACUUAAUGUAAUUGUCAAUAAAACCUUUGACACUUAUGGAAUGCUUGUAAUUAUACUUCAGUAUACCAUAGUAACAUCUGACAAAAAUAUCUAAAAACACUGAAGCAGCAAACUUUGAAUACCAAUAUUUGUGUCAUUCUCAACUUUUGACCACGACUGUAGUCAACGGUAGGCAGUUUAUCAGCGCGUCACCCACCACUUUGCAAUGUGAGCUUGAGGCAGGAAUUAUCUGGAAGCUUUACUUCAAAUAAUGAGGCAUGUCUUACCUUGUUUCAAAGUAGCCUUGUGAAAAUCCAUCCAUAGAAAAUACUUCCUGAUGCCAAUAACAGAAUUGCGUUUUGGCAAAUGUUUUUUUUUUAAAAAACUUUUGCUGCUUCAUUACUGGAGUUGCGUGUUCAAUGAUAGGCUAUAGCAUUUUGACUGUAAGAUGAUUUGCUUGUUAUUGUUGCAUGUUAAUGAGGGUCAGUUAGUCGACAGAAAAAUUGACUGAUGUACAUCCCUAUGCAGUACCGAAGCAAAACUGUAGGACCAGUCGAAACCGUGCUUCUAGACUGGAACCCUGGCCCCUCGGGUGUUAUGGCUGUGUGUUGUGGUGUUAUGGCUGUGUGUUGUGGUGUUAUGGCUGUUAGCGGUGUGGCGUUAUGGCUGUUAGCGGUGUGGUGUUGUACUGUUAUGGCUGUUAGCGGUGUGGUGUUGUACUGUUAUGGCUGUGUGUUGUGGUUGCUAAAACUGUGUCUUCCUAACAGUGUCAGAAGAGAGGAUGGAGAGCAGCCCUGGUCCCUCAACGUCCUCUGGCUCCAGACCUGAGACAGACCACCGAGCACAGAGCAGCACUGCCAGCACGCCCCGCACAGGUACAAACACCCUCAGCUUAGACUAUCACAGGCUCAGUCAAGCACACACACGGGCGCUCACACUCAUAUGUGUUCCAUCUCCCAUGUGUUCUCUCCCUCCAGGCGUGCAGUGUAUUCCCCAGAGAGCAGCUCUUUUGAAGUCGAUGUUAAACUUCUUGAAGAAAGCCAUCCAGGACCCUGCCUUCUCUGAUGGCAUCCGUCACGGUGAGUGAGCUAUGAUAACCAGACUCUAAAAAGCAUGACCAAUGGACAUACUCUAGAUUUAAGCUAUCUGGGGGAAACUGGCCCUAUAUGGUCAGAUGGGUUAAGGUUGUAAUGCUUAAAAUAGGUACUGGUGCUUCAACAAAACCAUGAUGUAAAUGUAUUGUGUGAAUGCCCCCUGGACUAACCUCCUUGUCUCUCUGUAUGGCCUCUCUUCUCCAGUCAUGGACGGGUCCUUGCCUACCUCACUCAAGCACAUCAUCAGUAAUGCAGAGUACUAUGGACCUUCUCUCUUCCUGCUGGGUGAGUACUCAGGUCGCACAACAUGCUUCAGAGAAAUCUUCGAUGAGAUGCAUUAUAUUGUACAGUAUGUUUAGUAAUAUCACUUGAUCAUUGAGACAAUUCUGCAAAGUCCAUCAAAGCAUAUGCCAGGUUGAUGUUAAGAGGCAGAAAGGAAUAGUAUAAUUAGUAUGUUCAGUUUUUUCUGAUUGUAAAAAUGUCUCUCUUGGUCCCCCCCCCCCCCCCCCCCCUCUCUCUUUCUCUCUCCCUCUUCCACAGCGACGGAGGUGGUGACAGUGUUUGUGUUCCAGGAGCCAUCUCUGCUCUCCUCCCUGCAGGAUAACGGCCUGACUGAUGUCAUGCUGCAUGCCCUGCUCAUCAAAGACGUGAGUCUCACAGCACUCCCUCCCCUCUCGGCUCACCCCGCAUUCAGGCACUAGUCGCAAAAAAACUUUUCUGCAAGUGAAAGCAUUAGUAUAACGUCCAAUCCCCUUUCUCCCCCUCUGAAAUGUGGAAGGAUUUAAACCAAUCUAAACCGAUCACUGUCCCGCCAACAUUUUUCUGGUUGGCUGGACGAAUCUGGGCAAAGUGGAACGUAGAAAAUAGAGCAUUGUGAGAUAGCAACACAAAGCGGGAUAUGAAACGUCCACUCCAUGGUCGUCAAUGUAGGUUUGCUUUGAUAAGUGCGAGGGAAGUUUUUGUCGCUGUUGUCUGAAUGCGGGGUCACUCUUUCUCUCAAUCUUUUCUCUCCCUCUCUUUGGUCGCUCAGCGGAUCUCCCCCUCAUCUCCUCUCACUGCUCCCCCUCUCAUCUCCUCUCACUGCUCCCCCUCUCAUCUCCUCUCACUGCUCCCCCUCUCAUCUCCUCUCACUGCUCCCCCUCUCAUCUCCUCUCACUGCUCCCCCUCUCAUCUCCCUCUUCUCCGCUCCUACACAUUUGACAUAUUUAAAUGUCACAUUGUCUUUUUCAACAGGGUCAUACAUUACAACACAGCUCGUAAUCCCAUGGACAUAGCGCCUACACAUGGACAGUAUUUACAUGUCACAUCUGCUCCUUCAACAGGGUCAUACAUAAACCAACGUCCGCUAACCGUGCGACAUACGCCACCUCCUACUUUCUCCCUCCCCUCCCCUCCAUCUCCUCCUCCUCCUCUCCUCCCCUCCUCCAUCUCCUCCCCUCCUCCUCCAUAUCUCCUCCCCUCCUCCUCCAUUUCUUCUCCCCUCCUCCUCCCUCCAUUCACCCUCCUCUCCUCCUUCCUCCCUCCUCCUCCUUCUCUCCUCCUCCUCCUCCAUCCUCUACUCUCCUUCUCUUCCUCCCCUCCCUCCUCCUCCCUCCUCCGUCACACAGCGUUGCAUAACCAUCAUUCUCCCUCCUGGCUUUCACCGCUCUCCUCUCCUCCUUCCUCCCUACUCUCCUCCUUCCUCUUUUCCCCCCCUCUGAUCCUUACGUUUUGGUACCUCUCGCGUACCCUCCCUUCCCCCUAACCCUCGUACCCUCCCUUCCCCCUACCCUCCCUUCCCGCUACCCUCGUACCUCCCUUCCUCGUACCCUCCCUUCCACCUAACCUCGUACCCUCCCUUCCCCCUACCCUCCCUUCCCGCUACCCUCGUACCCUCCCUUCCUCGUACCCUCCCUUCCACCUAACCUCGUACCCUUCCUUCCUCCUACCCUCGUACCCCUCGUACCCCCCUACCCUCGUACCCCUCGUACCCCCCCUAACCUCGUACCCUUCCACCCCCUAACCUCGUACCCUUCCACCCCCUAACCUCGUACCCUUCCACCCCCUAACCUCGUACCCUUCCUUCCCCCUAACUUCGUACCCCCCUAACCUCUUACCUCCCUCCCCCUAACUUCGUAUCCCCCCUAACCUCUUACCCUCCCUCCCCCUACCCUCUUUCUCUCCUUCCCUACCCUCUUUCUCUCCUUCCCUACCCUCCUUUCCUCCCUUCCCAGUCCCCUUCCUCCCAGUUGUUCCCUACCCUCGCCACUCUGUCUCUCACUCGCUCUCUCUCUUCCUCCCCUUUCUCUCUCUUUCUCCCUUUUCUCUCUCUCACAGUCUCUCUCUCUGCAGGUCCCGGCCACCCGGGAGGUGCUUGGUUCUCUCCCUAACGUGUUCAGUGCCUUGUGCCUGAACGCGCGAGGCCUGCACUCCUUCGUCCAAUGCCAGCCCUUUGAGCGCCUCUUCAAGGUGUUGCUGUCACCUGACUACCUGCCUGCCAUGAGACGACGCCGCAGCUCUGACCCUCUGGGUGAGUUGGGGGUGUGUGUGUUAGUUAUAGCAAUCUAGUACAGCGAGAGAGACCUUUGAGAGAGCGUGAGAGGUGUGUUAACUUAAAGGAAGCUACUAUAUUGGGACACUAUUCACUCUGUUGAAAAAUACAGUACCAGUCAAAAGUUUGGACACCUACUCAUUCAAGGGUUGUUCUUUAUUUUAAAUAUUUUCUACAUUGUAGAAUAAUAGUGAAGACAUCAAAACUAUGAAAUAAUGGAUAUGGAAUCAUGUAGUAACCAAAAAGUGUUAAACAAAUCAAAAUAUAUUUUAUAUUUGAGAUUCUUCAAAUAGCCACCCUUUGCCUUGAUGACAGCUUUGCACACUCUUGGCAUUCUCACAACCAGCUUCACCUGGAAUGCUUUUCCAACAGUCUUGAAGGAGUUCCCACAUAUGCUGGGCUGCUUUUCCUGCUUUCCCUUCACUCUGCAGUCCAACUCAUCCCAAAUCAUCUCAAUUGGGUUGAGGUCGGGUGAUUGUGGAGGCCAGGUCAUCUGACACAGCACUCCAUCACUCUCCUUCUUGGUCAAAUAACCCUCACAAGCCUGAGGUUGGUUGGGUCAUGUCCUGUUGAAAACAAAGUUGUACCAAAGGAAACAAUGGAUGGCUAUCGCUGCACCCAUGCUGGUAAGCCUUGAAUCUUCGUGUGAACACCCACACCAUCCCUAGCUUCACGUGGAACUCACAUCGAGAUCUCCCACCUAUCUGUGUCUGCAAGCCUGGUUAACCAUUUGACUCAGCCAAACUAUCCACGUCUAAUGUCCUUGUCGGUGUGUCUCUGACCACAGAAAUCUUUUCUUUUUCCUUUAGUGGUCUGAGAAUGACCUGAAAGACCACGUCCUGAACAGUUGUUGGGUUGUUGUGACUGUUACUUGAACUCUGUGAAGCACUUAUUUGGGCUGCAUUUCUGAGGCUGGUAACUCUAAUGAACUUAUCCUCUCAGCAGAGUUAACUCUGGGUCUUCCUUUCCUGAAGCGGUCCUCAUGAGAGCCAGUUUCACCAUAGCGCUUGAUGGUUUUUGCGACUGCACUUGAAGAAACUUUUAAAGUUCUUCACAUUUUCCGGAUUGACUGACCCCCCCCCCCCCCCCCCCCUCCACAAAUGCACUUUUAACAAGGCACACCUGUUAAUUGAAAUGCAUUCCAGGUGACUACCUCAUGAAGCUGGUUGAGAGAAUACCAAGAGUGUGCAAAGCUGUCAAGGCAAAGGGUGGCUACUUUGAAAAAUAAAACAUAUAUUUUGAUUUGUUUAACACUUUUUUGGUUACUACAUGAUUCCAUAUGUGUUGUUUCAUAGUUUUGAUGUCUUCACUAUUAUUCUACAAUGUAGAAAAUAGUAGAAAUAAAGACAAGUUGUGUCCAACCUUUUGACUGGUACUGUAGGUGUGUGUGUUUAUAGGAAUGUUUACUGAACAAAAAUAUAAACGCAACAUACAACAAUUUCAAAGAUUUUACUGAGUUACAGUUCAUGUAAGGAAAUCAGUCAAUUGAAAUAAACUCACUAGGCCCUAAUCUAUGGAUUUCACAUGACUGGGAAUACAGAUAUGCAUCUGUUAGUCACAGAUACCUUACAAAAAUGGGCCCGGUAUCUCUGUGCAUUCAAUUAGCCAUCGGUAAAUGUAAUUGUGUUCGUUGGCCAUGUCUUAUGCCUGCCCGUACCAUAACCCCACCGCCACCAUGCGCCACUCUGCUCACAACGUUGACAUCAGCAAACUGCACCCACACAACGCCAUACACGUGGUCUGCGGUUGUGAGGCCAGUUGGACGUACUGCCAAAUUCUCAAAAAUUAUGUUGGAGGCGGCUUAUGGUAGAGAAAUGAACAUUCAAUUAUAUUUACAUUUACAUUUUAGUCAUUUAGCAGACGCUCUUAUCCAGAGCGACUUACAGUUAGUGAAUACAUAUUUUUUUAUACUGGCCCCCCGUGGGAAUCGAACCCACAACCCUGGCGUUGCAAACGCCAUGCUCUAUCAACUGAGCUACAUCCCUGCCGGCCAUUCCCUCCCCUACCCUGGACGACGCUGGGCCAAUUGUGCGCCGCCCAUGAGUCUCCCGGUCGCGGCCGGCUGCGACAGAGCCUGGAUUCGAACCAGGAUCUCUAGUGGCACAGUUAGCACUGCGAUGCAGUGCCUUAGACCACUGCGCCACUCAGGAGUACAAUUAUCUGGCAACAGCUCUGGUGGACAUUCUUACAUUUUAGUCAUUUAGCAGACGCUCUUAUCCAGAGCGACUUACAGUUAGUGAGUGUAUACAUAAUUUUUUUAUUUUUCAUACUGGCCCCCCGUGGGAAUCGAACCCCCAACCCUGGUGUUGCAAACGCCAUGCUCUACCAACUGAGCUACAUCCCUGCCGGCCAUUCCCUCCCCUACCCUGGACGAUGCUGGUCCAAUUGUGCGCCGUUCCAUGGGUCUCCCGGUCGCGGCCGGCUACAACAUAGCCUGGAUUCGAACCAGGUUCUCUAGUGGCACAGCUAGCACUGCGAUGCAGUGCCUUAGACCACUGUCAGCAUGCCAAUUGCACGCUUCCUCAAAACUUGAGAUAUCUUUGGCAUUGUGUUGUGACAAAACUGCACAUUUUAGUGGCUUUUUAUUGUUGCCAGCACAAGGUGCACCUGUGUAAUGAUCAUGCUGUUUAAUCAGCUUCUUGAUAUUCUACACCUGUCAGGUGGAUUAAAUAUUUUGGCAUAGGAGAAAUGCUCACUAACAGGGAUGUAAACAAAUGUUUGACAGAAACGUUUGACAGAAAUAAGCUUUUUGUGCAUGUGGAAAAUUUCUGGGAUCUUUUAUUUCAGCUCAUGAAACAUGGGACCAACACUAUACAUGUUGCGUUUAUAUUUUUAUUCAGUGUAGUAUGGCGACACUAUACACUGUUGAUUCAGAUGUCUGUAUGUAACCAUGCUGGUGUGUGUGUGUACAGGAGAUACAGCGUCCAACCUGGGCAGUGCUGUGGAUGAACUGAUGAGACACCAACCCACUCUGAAGACUGACGCCACUACUGCCAUUAUCAAGGUGGGUUUACAAUGACAUGUACAGGAGGCCUGGAAAAACUGAUAUGAUCAGCACCAUUGAUCAGGGAAAAACUGAAAUGAUCAGGGAAAAAAUUGAAAUGAUCAGCACCAUUGAUCAGGGAUGGGAGUGAGUACUCCAGUACAGGUUUGUAUUCGAUUACUAAUAAUCGAAUACAAGUACUCAAUUUACAAAUACAACUAUUUUAGCAGGUUAAAUGUAUAAGAACUGACAAUUUCCAACUAAGAUGUUUAUUAUUUUGGAGUAUGUCAAGUGCAGUGACUAUGUUAAAGUUGUGUAUCAGAACCACCAGUAAUUUGGAAAAACCUUUAGCAUACUGCAAACUUUUUUGGCCUUCAGCCCCAUUUCACGCUAACAUGUGAUUACUCAAUUACUCAAAAUGAUUGUAGUGCGUGCUCAAACACUCAUUCAAAGGCCCAUCCCUACCAUUGAUCAUGUCUAGACUUCUAGUUGUAACUCAGCAUGUGACUUGACCAGGAAAAACUGAGCUCUUAUUGCGGCUUUUAACUAGGGACAGAGUUCAACUGGUUCAGGUCACAUGGUCACAAAAAAACUAGGACCCUAAUCAUAUAGAUUAACCUUGUAAACUGCUUAGUGAAUUAGCACAACAUUAUUGUUUCUGUAACAGGAACAACUCAUUAUUUAUGCCUAGAGGGGUUUUUACGGUAUGGUAAAUUAACACACCCUUGCCUUGUUUACACUAACACUCAAACUUGUCUUAUCUUGCCAGCACUGACUUUGCUGAUGGCUAUUUUAUUGAGGAACAUUUUUCUUACUACACUGCUCAAAAAAAUAAAGGGAACACUUAAACAACACAUCCUAGAUCUGAAUGAAUGAAAUAAUCUUAUAAAAUACUUUUUUCUUUACGUAGUUGAAUGUGCUGACAACAAAAUCACACAAAAAUGAUCAAUGGAAAUCAAAUGUAUCAACCCAUGGAGGUCUGGAUUUGGAGUCACCCUCAAAAUUAAAGUGGAAAACCACACUACAGGCUGAUCCAACUUUGAUGUAAUGUCCUUAAAACAAGUCAAAAUGAGGCUCAGUAGUGUGUGUGGCCUCCACGUGCCUGUAUGACCUCCCUACAACGCCUGGGCAUGCUCCUGAUGAGGUGGCGGAUGGUCUCCUGAGGGAUCUCCUCCCAGACCUGGACUAAAGCAUCCGCCAACUCCUGGACAGUCUGUGGUGCAACGUGGCGUUGGUGGAUGGAGCGAGACAUGAUGUCCCAGAUGUGCUCAAUUGGAUUCAGGUCUGGGGAAUGGGCGGUCCAUAGCAUCAAUGCCUUCCUCUUGCAGGAACUGCUGACACACUCCAGCCACAUGAGGUCUAGCAUUGUCUUGCAUUAGGAGGAACCCAGGGCCAACCGCACCAGCAUAUGGUCUCACAAGGGCUCUGAGGAUCUCAUCUCGGUACCUAAUGGCAGUCAGGCUACCUCUGGCGAUCACAUGGAGGGCUGUGCGGCCCCCCAAAGAAAUGCCACCCCACACCAUGACUGACCCACCGCCAAACCGGUCAUGCUGGAGGAUGUUGCAGGUAGCAGAACGUUCUCCACGGCGUCUCCAGACUCUGUCACAUCUGUCACAUGUGCUCAGUGUGAACCUGCUUUCAUCUGUGAAGAGCACAGGGCGCCAGUGGCGAAUUUGCCAAUCUUGGUGUUCUCUGGCAAAUGCCAAACGUCCUGCACGGUGUUGGGCUGUAAGCACAACCCCCACCUGUGGAUGUCGGGCCCUCAUACCACCCUCAUGGAGUUUGUUUCUGACCGUUUGAGCAGACACAUGCACAUUUGUGGCCUGCUGGAGGUCAUUUUGCAGGGCUCUGGCAGUGCUCCUCCUGCUCUUCCUUGCACAAAGGCAGAGGUAGCAGUCCUGCUGCUGGGUUGUUGCCCUCCUACGGCCUCCUCCACGUCUCCUGAUGUACUGGCCUGUCUCCUGGUAGCGCCUCCAUGCUCUGGACACUACGCUGACAGACACAGCAAACCUUCUUGCCACAGCUCGCAUUGAUGUGCCAUCCUGGAUGAGCUGCACUACCUGAGCCACUUGUGUGGGUUGUAGACUCCGUCUCAUGCUACCACUAGAGUGAAAGCACCGCCAGCAUUCAAAAGUGACCAAAACAUCAGCCAGGAAGUAUAGGAACUGAGAAGUGGUCUGUGGUCACCACCUGCAAAACCAGUCCUUUAUUGGGGGUGUCUUGCUAAUUGCCUAUAAUUUCCACCUGUUGUCUAUUCCAUUUGGCACAAACAGUAUGUGAAAUUUAUUGUCAAAUCAGUGUUGCUUCCUAAGUGGACAGUUGAUUUCACAGAAGUGUGAUUGACUUGGAGAUUACAUUGUGUUGUUUAAGUGUUUCCCUUUAUUUUUUUGAGCAGUGUAUGACUGUGAUAUGUGGUUGUCUCACCGAGCUAUCUUUAGAUGAACGCACUUAACUGUAAGUCGUUGUGGAUAAGAGCGCCAGCUAAAUGACUAAAAGGUAAACUGUCCUCUCCCAGUUACUGGAGGAGAUAUGUAACCUGGGCCGAGCCCCGGAGUACAUCUGUCAGAAGCCCUCUAUCCAGAAGACUGAUGGCACCGUCACCGCGCCUCCCGCCCGCUCCUCCCACGCCGCCGAGGAGGCCUCCAGCGAAGACGAGGAGGAAGAGGAGGCGCUCCAUACCUUCACCCAGCAGCAGGGGGAGCCAGAGAGCAACAGACAGUCAGUGCCAGUUGAACUGUAUGACAUACCAAAUCAGAGAUGUGAUUCUUCCUGAUCAUUUCAGGAUUUAUUGCUCCUGAUAUUAUUAUUUUUCUCUAUAUUCAUAAAUCAUUUAUGUAUUUACAUUUUGUUACAUGUUUGUGAUCGGUAGUUGGGAUAAUGGGGUUUCUGUCGUUUUUCCUAUAGGGUUGUUGGCACUGAAGAGAGGAUACCAAUUCCUCUGAUGGAUUACAUUCUGAAUGUGGUACGUGUGUUGAUGCACCUUCUCUGGUUAUUUUAGUGUGAUGAAACUAUCACCUGCAAUAAAGCACACUUAAAUCAAGACCCUCUACACUCACCAAAAAUUGUCAAUGAAGUGAUGACAGACAAUUUUAGUCUCUCCAAGAUCACAUUAUGACAUUGUUUCUCUUGUGUUCAAAAUUAAUCUGAACAUUUGUACAAAAUAAUGACUUCUGGGAGCAUAUAACGGUGUGCACUAUCGUCUAAUCAAACACUUUUUGGGACGUGCUUAGUCACUGUCACUAGCCGGCUACCACCUGGUUACUCAACCCUGCACCUUAGAGGCUGCUGCUCAAUGUAUAUAGAGAUAUGGAAUCACUGGUCACUUUAAUAAUGUUUACAUAUUGUUUUACUCAUUUCAUAUGUAUAUACUGUAUUCUACUGUAUUCUAGUCAAUGCCACUCCGACAUUGCUCGUCCUAAUAUUUAUAUAUUUCUUAAUUCCAUGAUUUUACUUUUAGAUUUGUGUGUAUUGUUGUGAAUUGUUAGAGACUACUGCACUGUUGGAGCUAGGAACACAAGCAUUUCUCUACACCCGCACUAACAUCUGCUAAAUAUGUGUGUGUGACCAUACCCCUUAACCUUCCCCUGUUGUGUUCCUUCCCAGAUGAAGUUUGUGGAGUCGAUCCUGAGUAACAACACGACAGACGACCACUGUCAGGAGUUUGUCAACCAGAAGGGUCUCCUGCCCCUGGUCUCUAUCCUCGGUCUGCCCAACCUGCCCAUCGACUUCCCCACAUCAGCUGCCUGCCAGGCUGUAGCCGGGGUCUGCAAGUCCAUACUGGUGAGACCUGCCACUGGGGAUAUGGGGUUGGGAUGGGAGGUGUGUGGUUAUGAUAUGGGGAUAGGAAGCCUGCCAGGCUGUAGCCGGGCUCUGCAAGUCCAUACUGGUGAGACCUGCCACUGGGGAUAUGGGGUUGGGAUGGGAGGUGUGUGGUUAUGAUAUGGGGAUAGGAAGCCUGCCAGGCUGUAGCCGGGGUCUGCAAGUCCAUACUGGUGAGACCUGCCACUGGGGAUAUGGGGUUGGGAUGGGAGGUGUGUGGUUAUGAUAUGGGGAUAGGAAGCCUGCCAGGCUGUAGCCGGGGUCUGCAAGUCCAUACUGGUGAGACCUGCCACUGGGGAUAUGGGGUUGGGAUGGGAGGUGUGUGGUUAUGAUAUGGGGAUAGGAAGCCUGCCAGGCUGUAGCCGGGCUCUGCAAGUCCAUACUUGUGUGACUAAGAGAUGUGGGGAUAUGAUUUCAGGGAAUUUGUUAAUGAUUGAUCUCAAGCAGAGCUGAAAAAUGGACUAAUGACUCUUUAGAAUAUAGUACCUGUGCUAUUGUGAUGGUAGGCUUAUAUUCCUGAGGUUCUGACUGUGUUGUGACUAAACUCCAGGGAGACCUGUUAAAUGUAACACAGUUCAGUCUCUGGUCCCUGUGACUGUGCUGUAUUGAUACUGAAGCGUUGCUUGUUGUCCCGUGGUCCCCAGACCCUGUCCCAUGAGCCCAAGGUGCUCCAGGAGGGGCUGUGUCAGCUGGACAGCAUCCUGUCGGCCCUCGAGCCGCUCCACCGCCCCAUCGAGGUCCCCGGGGGUUCCGUGCUGCUCCGAGAACUCGCCACUGCCGGUCACGUGACCGAUGCCACGCUGUCGGCCCGCGCCACGCCACUGCUGCACGCGCUCACCGCCGCGCACGCUUAUAUCCUGAUGUUCGUGCACACCUGCAGGGUAGGACAGGUAAGAUACCUGGAAACCAAUCAGCAAGGACCUCUCAUUAUGUCACACCACACCUGUAGCCCACAAAGUAGAGGCUGUAGAUUAGGUUUUGAUGUUUGUAUUAAUUUAAAGAUGUCAACAGCAUAUAAUCAACCAACUGUAGAGGUACUGCAGCCUCACGGUCUGUGGAUUUUAGAGAGCACCACCUCUGUGGAUUUUAGAGAGCACCACCUCUGUGGAUUUAGGGCGCACCACCUCUGUGGUUUGAGGUAAUUGUUGGGAAGGAGUUGCUUGACUGUGAGUGGUUUAGUAUUGGUGUGUGCAUUAACCGUCCCCUCUUCCCCUGUGUGUUGUGCAGAGUGAGAUCAGGGCCAUCAGUGUGAACCAGUGGGGCUCCCAGCUGGGUCUGAGUGUUCUCAACAAGCUGAGCCAGCUCUACUGCUCUCUGGUCUGGGAGAGCACCGUGCUGCUGUCCCUCUGCACACCCAACAGGUACGCUACCUCUGAUAAGCCUGUCUGAUACGCUCUCUCUCUCCUCCUGGCUCUAGCUCUCUUUAGCCCUCUAUCUUUUGGCCUUUGGGUUCUCACUUGUUCUCUCUCUCUGCCCCUCCGUCUUGCUGUGUGUGUGGCUGUAUCUCUUCCUCAGCAUGCAGUCAGUCGACAGAACACAGUAACUCUUUCUCUCCUGUGUCUCUCCUCUCCUCCCCCAGUCUCCCCCCAGGCUGUGAGUUUGGCCAGGCUGACAUGCAGAAGCUGGUUCCCAAGGAGGAGAAGCCGUCUGGCAGCACCACAGCCACUGCUUCCGCCUCUGGAUCCAGGAGAACUGGUAACGGAGACCCCCUACUACUGAAAAAUAACAAAAAUAAAAUGUUAUCAAAUGGCUAAGAAUGAUAAUUCAUGAAAGCAAUAGGACAUUUGUUGGGCAAUGUUUGGCAGUGUGCUUUAGGCAGUUUGUUUUUCUUUUUACAUUCUAAAAACAACUGUCAACUUUGGAAUGUUGGAGUUUGUUGGGCAUCGUUUGAGCAAGAAAGGAAUGUAGAAGCAUAUUUAGCCAAACCUUCUCUUCCAGCACAGCUAGCUCUAAACACUAGCCCCCCCCUCGCUCUCCCUAGCUGAGUCUGAGGCUGUUGCUGUGGACCCCUCUGCCACGGGUCUCCUGGAGGGGAUAGGGUUGGACGGGGAUACGCUAGCCCCCAUGGAGACUGACGAGCCCACCGCCGGCAUCUCUGACCCCAAGACCAAGUCCAAACUGACCCCCGCCAUGGCUACACGCAUCAAGCAGAUCAAACCCCUGCUCUCCGGUGAGAACAUCCAGGAGUUAUCUUUUUAUUUUAUUAUUUUUCACACCAUUGUCUAUUUGUAAAAUGGUAGUCUCAUCAAAUACAGCAAUGUACUGUCAGAAUCUCUGCGUUAGUGAAGAAAGGGUGUAUGUUUCCUCUGUCUAUAACUCUCUGGUGAAGGUUGAAACACCUCCGUUGUGACUGCUGAUUCUAUAUUUUUGAAUGCUGGCUGUCUCUUUCAUCCUGGUGUGGUAACUCUCCCCUCUCUCUACUCCAGCGUCGUCUCGUCUGGGCCGGGCUCUGGCCGAGCUUUUUGGUCUGCUGGUGAAGCUGUGUGUGGGCUCUCCAGUCCGCCAGCGCCGCUCUCACCACGCCACCAGCACGGGCACAGCCCCCACCCCUGCCGCCCGGGCCACCGCCUCCUCCCUCACCAAGCUGCUCACCAAGGGCCUUAGCUGGCAGCCCCCGCCCUACACCCCCACCCCUCGUUUCAGGUACUCUACUAUUACACCCCCACCCCUCGUUUCAGGUACUCUACUAUUAUACCCCCACCCCUCGUUUCAGGUACUCUACUAUUACACCCCCACCCCUCGUUUCAGGUACUCUACUAUUAUACCCCCACCCCUCGUUUCAGGUACUCUACUAUUACACCCCCACCCCUCGUUUCAGGUACUCUACUAUUAUACCCCCACCCCUCGUUUCAGGUACUCUACUAUUAUACCCCCACCCCUCGUUUCAGGUACUCUACUAUUAUACCCCCACCCCUCGUUUCAGGUACUCUACUAUUACACCCCCACCCCUCGUUUCAGGUACUCUACUAUUAUACCCCCACCCCUCGUUUCAGGUACUCUACUAUUAUACCCCCACCCCUCGUUUCAGGUACUCUACUAUUAUACCCCCACCCCUCGUUUCAGGUACUCUACUAUUAUACCCCCACCCCUCGUUUCAGGUACUCUACUGUAACUCACAACGGCUACCUUGGUUGUGUCCUGAUUCUCUACCCGUCUCACGAAACGUACACCUUCACACACUCUUAUGUUCGAACAGUGGUGGAAACUUCCUUUAGCCAAUGCUUAGAUGAAUCCAAUGCACACUUCUGGAGAAGGAUAGAGAAUGAUGAGACAACCCCCAAGGCUCUUCUAUAGACCUGAGAGGAUUGGAUAGGAAUCAGAUGUAUGGUCUCAUGGUCAUGAUGUCUCUGCUCUCUCUCUAUCCCUCCAGGCUGACAUUCUUCAUCUGCUCGGUGGGUUUCACGUCCCCCAUGCUGUUUGAUGAGAGGAAGUACCCCUACCACCUCAUGCUGCAGAAGUUCUUCUGCUCCGGAGGACACGACGCGCUCUUCGAGUGAGUAGACCACCCUCAGUUAAUAGCUGACUGACUUGCAUUACUGGUACUUCUUUCCAUUGAAUUUGUCAGACGACCUGUAGCUACUGUUAAUUCGAAAUGACACGACGACUAGGUUCCAGUUUAACAACAUUUAAUUCACCGUAUUUACACAGUUGCCAUUGCACUCAGGCCAGGUCCAUCCACAGAGAGACUACCACACAGGCAUACUAAUAACAGACUGAUAGCACCGUAAUAACAGAAAUAUAGGGAUACUUACAACAUGAACUUAACAAUCUCCCACUUUUCUUUAAAGACAAAUAAAACAUCAACAAAAUAAUUAAAUGUCCCAAGUAUUAUUUAAGUUACCCAUUUACAAAUGGGUUGUGUGACAAAGUUUUAACUUUACAUUACUGAGUGCCUUUAGGAGCACAAGACCGGAUGCUCCCUUUUAAGUUAGACAAGUCAGCAAGCUGUUCCUUUGUGGCCGACCACAGAAUCCGCUGGAUUCUCUGUGCUUGAAUAAGUUCCUUGAUGCAGCUUAUCUCAAGACAAAGACUUUUCUCUGUGACAGACUUGGUUGACUUGACAGCAUCAACUAAGGAGUAGUUGUCAGUGACACAAACUACAGGUAGAAUGUGCCGUUUUCUCACCAGUGGUAAACUCUGAACAGAGUUGCCAGAAAGUUGGCAUUGUCAAUUCCAUCCGCAAGAGCAAGGGUUUGUCCAGGAAGUGUGCUUCGGACAACCCUUCUGAUCCUCCCUUCACCCAUUAACACCAUUAGAUGUCCACCUUGUGUGCCUCCAUCUCUAAGGUUCCCUAGGGAAGCAUCACUGAAGACAACUGGUUUCAGAGAGUCAUCUUUUCCAACAUGCUGAAACUUUAGUCACUUGUUGUGAUUUCAGUUUACGAACAACUUUGUUUUCCACAUGAAUGGUUUGUACAGUGGCAUGUUUUGUGUUGUAUGCCAAGUUGCAGCCAUCAAACAUUACAUCAGGUCUACUCUGUCUAUGACCUAUCUUUGACCUCAAUUGAUCAGCUUCAAUUCCACAGAGAGGGGAAUUCCUUUGUACGGCUCUUGAAGAAGGUCGGAUGUGAAUGUCCCUUGACAGCUCUGUUCCCUGCAAAAAUGCAGAUUUUAUGUGUAUGGAAUUUUUCUGGCAGAUCACUGUCAGCAGCAAUCUGAGUGACUCUGGCGCAUGUCGGUGAGUAUUUUGGGAGUUAUUUAGCAGCCAGCUCCUCAAAACCAACUAGAUGUGCUUUUGGCACUAUUCCAGUUAAGGAUUAUUUAAGGGUACACACCCACCUUGUUGAGACACGUUUUUGGCCCAUGUCUUUGACUUCCUCAAACACUCAAUUUUUCAUCCAAUUACUGAGCUCAUCUAGUUUAGCUGAGUCAAAUGACACGUCCUUUGUUUCAAGUACAUCAUCAUUUUGAAUGUCAUUCUGUUUUUCUCGAUUUUUUCCAUUGGUUCAAUUCUGAGAUGAUCUACAAGUGACAGGUCAGCUGACCCUGUUGUACCAGAAAGUGUAGCUGGUUCAGAGUACUGCAAGUUGUAACAGUUCUGGUGUUUUCCUUUAGGUUUUCCUGCUCGUCCAAUGACUGUUGCUGUGUGUGGAAUACCACUUUCUCUGUCCAUGUAUUUAAGUUUGUCCAGUUUUCAGAUUGGAACAACCAUGUUGUCUUAACACGUGGCUGUUGUUGAACGUUUUCCUAAUUUGAACCCUCAACAGUAUUACCCGUGUCAUGGUUGAAGGUCUCUGCUCCAUUUCCUGUGUCAGUUUCAGUGUCCAUAUCAUUGGAUGCGACAUCUAGUAUGUUUGUGUCUGUUAAUGUGUCCUUUUGGUCAUUUUCAGUAGGAGGCUGAUUCUCAGCAACAGCCCCUCCAUCUUGUUGAUCAUUUACUUUCCGCAAUCUUGAGUGAUGCACCCUGACAAUGGUGCCUCCGUGCCUCACAAAUAUCACCAUACCAUCUUGGCCAAUGACGACUCCCGGUCCUUUCCACUCUUAAGUCAACUCGUUUGUAGUACACUUUGUUUCCAGUCUCGUACUUCUCAUCGGUGGGUCGAAGCCGUUUACGCAGAGCCCUGCGAAUUCUCUGAACACUGCUUCAGUGACCGCUUUUCUCGCUGCAUGUAUUGCUGAAAGGUGCUUUCCCACCCAUGCACUCACACUGGUCCCUUCUAGUGCUGGUAGCUUGUCAACCAGUACAGAGGGAAGAUUAGGGUUCUGCCCAAACACUAGUAAGCAUGGGCUGUAGCCAUGAACAUUGUGCAUAGUUUUUUUUGCCAUCAAAGCCCAAGCUAGGGCUGUUUUCCAGUCACAUCCAUUGUCUUGCUUCACUUUCAGCAUAAUCUGUGAGUGUUUGAUUAUGUCUCUCCAGAAGUCCAUUGCUCCAUGGACUCUAUGCACCAGUUGUCUUUUAUUUCCAUGUUGAAUUUCUCUGCCAUUUCUCUUACUUCAUCGUCAUUGAAUUCUCCUCCAUUCACUGUACAAUUUCUGGGGCGGGCCAUGCACACUUAUCCAGGAAUUAAUGAAGUGCUUGACGAUUUUACUGGGUUUCUUUGUAUUCACGAUGCUUCCAGCACUGAAGCGUGAAGUGGUGGAUUAUGUGAAGGUACCACACACUUGGUCCUAACUCAUGGAGAUCUACAGCCACUGUUUCAUUGUACUUGGAAGCCAGUGGCAAACGCAACAGCUGGUCUGGGCUUAGGUUUGCUGUUCUUCUGGCAUGUCUCACAACUGUUAACUGUCUGCCGUAGAAUGGAAAUACUCUCAUCAUUAUUAUUCCCAGAACUGCUGAGUCACUUCUGAAGUCUCAACUGUAGCAUGUCCAAACGGUUUGAAGUUUUAAGAAUACUUUGUGUUUUUCCUCUGUGGUCAUGUUCUCUGUGACUGUCAAUCGCCAUGUGCUCUGUGUCCGUCAGAAUCUCAUUUUUACAUGGACUCUGUGUGAUGUCUUUGUCUAAAAUGUUUACACAAUAGUGGCCUGAGGUAGUAAGUUAAAGGGUCACUGGUUGUUUAAACAUCACUGCCUUGUUAUUUUUUAUGUCUAGAACAGCCCCUGCCUUCUUGAGGGAAGCUUUGCUUAAUAUUAAAGGGAUAUCUACAGGGACCACCUCUCUUUCAAUGUGACACUGUCUGACCAAUUUUUGCUGGUAUCUUGACUCUCUUGGUAGAAUGGACGAUUCUCCCAUCUCCAAAUUUGAAAGCUGUGUUGCUUGGUGUGUCUCAUAUUUUGUACUACUUUCAUAUUUAGUUCACUGACAUAGCUAUCAAGCCAUUUUGCUCCACACACUGUGCGUGUACAUGCAGUAUCAAUCACAGCAGAUCCUAAGGAUUCAACUAUAAAGAUCUCAGUAUCAGAAGCAGAUUUGUUUGACAACAGUGUAAUGUUACACUGCUCUGUCUCUGUUUACAUUUUCAUCUGUUAGUUUAACUUCUCAUUUUUAUGAGGACCGUCUUUAACCCAAUGUUAAGUGCUUUGACAAAUAGCACAUUUUGAUCUCCUUCCAUACCUGUCCAGUGGAUUUGUGCCGGGCAAUGGCGCUCUCGUCUGGUUGUCUUGAGAACGUGACUUGUUGGUGCCUUCUCUCUGCAGCUCAGUGUAAUAUGCUGGGUAACUCACUUGCAUUCCAUCUGUUAUUGACAGACUUUUCACCCCCAAAAAUAUUUUGUGCCGACUUCAUUGACGCAAAAGGCAGCACAGUACAAGCAGUGAAAGCCAACUGUUUCUCCCUACCAUCCAGACAGGCAGUAUCUAGCAACGUGAAAGCUUAACACUGCAUCCGGGAGAACCAUGUCGUACUUGCGCAUCCUAUUGUACCACUCUUCGAAAUCAAUUAUGUAGUCCGUCAUUGCAACCGAAAUGUCUCUAGUAACACUGUCAAUGUUUGAAUACGCCUCGUAGGCACAGUCUUUCUCUUCUUUAAGAAACACAGAUUCCAGUGCUCUGAUCAAAGAUCCCAUACUGUCAUCCUUGUUCAAAUCCUCAAUGGAUAUUUCCAGUGCUGUAUCUCUCUCUCUCCCCCCUCCAGCGAUAAUACCACCGCAAGUGCUUGCUUUUUCUCGUCCAGAUUAAUAACUCUUGUCCAGAUUCCAAGUUCAUUUUUCCAACUUUCAUACGACCUCUUCUCGUCGAAGCGAGGUGGCACACUGUAGUUAUUAACCAUCCUCUGCUACCAAUGUUAACUCAAAAUGACACGACGACUAGGUUCCAGUUUAACAACGUUUACUUCACCGUAUUUCCACAGUACGCAGUUGCCAUUGCACUCAGGCCAUGUCCAUCCACAGAGAGACUACCACACAGGCAUACUAAUAACAGACUGAUAGCACCAUAAUAACAGAAAUUAUAGGGAUACUUACAACAUGAACUGAACAGCUACAACCAGGCUUAUUACUGUUGCUGCUCAGCUCAGACCAUAAUAUCUGACUGACUGUACAUUUGGCACUGCCUUAUUGUCAGGAUUGUCAAUAGAAUGAUUAUGAGUAGGGCCUUGAGUUUUCCCUGACAAGGACAAAUUCGGUGCCAUGAUUGUGAGUGUAUCCAACCAGAGCUCAUGUUUCUCUGCCCGGCGGCGCUGACACAUCUCUCCUUUCCCCUCCUCUCCCCAGGACAUUUAACUGGGCCCUGUCUAUGGGGGGUAAGGUGCCCGUCUCUGAGGGCCUGGAGCAUGCAGAGCUGCCAGACGGGACAGGGGAGUUCCUGGAUGCUUGGCUGAUGCUGGUUGAGAAGAUGGUGAACCCCAGUACCGUGCUGGACUCACCCCACAGCCUGCCUGUCAAGGUCCCCGGGGUCACCCCAACCACCCCCCAGUUCAGUGCCCUGCGAUUCCUCAUCGUCACUCAGAAGGUAGGGGGAUUGGUUAGUGGGGUGUGUUUAUUUUUAUUUUUUUCUGUGUGUGUGUUACAUGAAUAAAUUAGAUUUUUUUUUAGAUACAUGUUUCAAAGAAAACAAACGUUGUUCCCUCUCUAAUCCUUAGCCACUCUCUCUGCCUCCCAUCUAGGCGGCGUUCAGCUGCAUCCGCAGCCUGUGGAACCGGAAGCCCCUUAAGGUGUACGGGGGCCGAAUGGCUGAGUCCAUGUUGGCUAUACUGUGCCACAUUCUGAGAGGAGAACCUGUCAUCCAGGUGUGUGUUCUUAUAUGAAAGGUGCGGUGGCACACCAGAAGAGAAACUGAUGGCGAAGUAUUUGUAAUGUAAACUCAUUUUCUUUGUGUCAAAUAAUCCUUUGAGGGAUGGUCGCUAGGGGCACGUAAUUAAAUGUCAUUAAUUCCUUCCAGGAGCGCCUGGCCAAGGAGAGGGAGGGCACAGCCCGUCCAGAGGAGGAGGGAAGUGCUGGGGCCUCUACGCUGCCUGUAGGUUCCAGCUCUGGAGGUGAGAGGGAAAGGUUUAUUUUCAAUAAGGCAACAUUACAUGGUAUUAAUGGCAGCAAAGGCUGAAUUAUUUGAUACAAUUUAUUUUUUAUACACAUGAAGGAUAAACGCACAAUAACUAUCCAACAACACAUUAUGAUUUACACCACUUUAAUGUAAAAUCCAGGUGCAGGUGGAUCAGGAGGGGCCCCUGGAGCAGCAGUGAGUGCAGGAGAGUGCCCUGCCGGGUCAGUACCAGGACCGGCCAUCGGAGGCAGUACAGCACCACCUGCACCAGGGGGGGCAGCAGAGGACUCCACUAACACUACUCCCAGGAGAGAGCCACCGGUUAACCAGGCUCAGCUACAGCAGGUGAGGGGACAGGAGGGAGGAGGGUGUGGCUUUCGGUCCGUGUGUGUUUUUGGAUUCCUUUACAUUUGGGACCGUUUGUUCAUAGAAAUGCCAGUUUUUGUCAAAGUUUCCUCAUAGACAGUUUUUGGCAUUAAACAUACAUCAUUCGACAACUUUGAUAGAUAUAACUGCUAGCAUUGCUAGAUACUGUUGAGCGCAUUGAUUUGAUGGAUUCUGUUGCACAUUCACAGCACUGUUAGCAUUGGUUGAAAUGGAACUGUUCUGUUGUCAACCUCUUGUCCCCUUGAACCCUCAACUUGGCGUGGCCUGCUCCACUUUGUCUUGUUAUGACAGGGUCAGGGAGGAGGCAGAGAGAGGCAGCCAAAUGUCAACCAGCAGCAGCUACAUCAGGUAUACAGCUAGCUGACUCCACACCCAGCCUCAAUCUGAAAAAUAGGAACGGAGUCGAUUUAUACGUAGUCUAUUUUCUGAGUAUGUACAUGCUUCCCCUACGCUGAGCUGAACUUGCACGUUCUAGACAGCGCAAAUAGGCGCGAGCAAACAUUUGACUAGAAUUGAAUCUGAUCUCUUGUGUUUGUAAUGGGGUCACGGCUGAAGGGGGCCGGGAUGGAGGGAGCAAUAGAGAGUGGGAGGACGGAGGCACACUUUAAUGUGAAAGCAAAACACGUUAAAUAAAAUGGAGGGAAUUGUAAAACAUUGAGGCAUGAGAACAGGGUAGAGGGCCUGAUGACUGGGUAGAGGGCCGGAUGUGGUCCUAUGUAGAGAUUAGGGAGGAUGUGAUGUUAUGUAGAGGUUAGGGCCGGAUGUGAAGUUAUGUAGAGGUUAGGGGAGGAGGUGAUGUUAUGUAGAGGUUAGGGGAGGAGGUGAUGUUAUGUAGAGGUUAGGGGAGGAGGUGAUGUUAUGUAGAGGUUGGGGAGGAGGUGAUGUUAUGUAGAGAUUAGGGGAGAAUGUGAUGUUAUGUAGAGGUUAGGGGAGGUGGUGAUGUUAUGUAGAGGUUAGGGAGGGGUGUGUUUGUAGAGGUUAGGGGAGAUGUGAUGUUGUGAGUUAGGGGAGGUGUGUGCUAUGUGAGGUAGGAGGAUGUGAUGUUAUGUAGAGGUUAGGGGAGGUGGUGAUGUUAUGUAGAGGUUAGGGGAGGAUGUGAUGUUAUGUAGAGGUUAGGGGGGUGUGAUGCUUGUAUGUAGGGUAGUGUGAUGCUUGUAGGUUGGGAUGUGAUGCUAUGUAGAGGUUAGGGGAGGAUGUGAUGCUAUGUAGAGGUUAGGGGAGGAUGUGAUGCUAUGUAGAGGUUAGGGCUGGAUGUGAUGUGUAAGAGCGAUGAUAGAACAUAAUGGAUGAUUUUGAAAUGUACACUGAGUGCACAAAACAUUAGGAACGCCUUCCUAAUAUUGAGUUGCACCCCUCCCUUUUGGCCUCAGAACAUCUUCAGUUUGUCUGGGCAUGGACUCUACAAGGUGUCUAAAGUGUUCCACAGGGAUGCUGGCCCAUGUUGACUCCAAUGUUGACACAAACCGGUGCGCCUGCCACCUACUACCAUACCCUGUUUAAAGACACUUAAAUAUUUUCUUGCCCAUUUACCCUCUCCAUGGCACACACACACAAUCCAUGUCUUAAUUGUCUCAAGGCUUAAAAAUCCUUCUUUAACCUGUCUCCUCCCCUUCAUCUACACUGAUUGAAGUGGAUUUAACAAGUGACAUCAAUAAGGUAUCAUAUCUUUCACCUGGAUUCAACCUCUCAGUCUGUCAUGGACAGAGCAGGUGUUCCUAAUGUUUUGUAUGGUCACUGUAUAUAAUGCUGAGAUUGACUCACUGAUCACACUGUGCCUUAGCCGUUGGUCUGCUCCUUUUCUCACUGUUUAUCUCUCGCUCUCUUUUUUGUGCUCUCUGUUAUGCACUCUCUCUCUCACUCACUCACACACACACACACACACACACACACACACACACACAAACAUCAGCAGUCACAGUGCUUUACAGAUACCCAGCCUAAAACACCAAAGAGCAAGUAAUGCAGAGGCACGAUGGCUAGGGAAAAACUCCCUAGAUGGAAUUGUUCUCUAACCCUGUCCUGUGACCUGUUUAUCCUCUAACCCUGUCCUGUGCUCUCUGUCUCGCUCUCUCUCGCUGUCUCUCUCUCUUUCUCGCUGUCUCUCUCUCUUUCUCGCUGUCUCUCUCUCUCUCGCUCUCUCUCUCUCUCUCGUCUCUCUCUCGCUCUGUCUCUCUCUCUCGCUCUCUCUCUCUCUCUCGCUCUGUCUCUCUCUCUCUCGCUCUGUCUCUCUCUCUCUCGCUCUGUCUCUCUCUCGCUCGCUCUGUCUCUCUCUCGCUCGCUCUGUCUCUCUCUCGCUCGCUCUGUCUCUCUCUCGCUCGCUCUGUCUCUCUCUCGCUCUGUCCUCUCUCUCUCGCUCUGUCUCUCUCUCUCGCUCUGUCUGUCUCUCUCUCUCGCUCUGUCUGUCUCUCGCUCUGUCUCUCUCGCUCUGUCUCUCUCUCUCGCUCUGUCUCUCUCUCUCGCUCUGUCUCUCGCUCUCGCUCUGUCUCUCGCUCUCGCUCUGUCUCUCGCUCUCGCUCUGUCUCUCUCUCUCGCUCUGUCUCUCUCUCGCUCUCGCUCUCGCUCUCUCUCUCGCUCUCGCUCUCUCUCUCUCUCUCUCUCGCUCUCUCUCUCGCUCUCUCUCGCUCUGUCUCUCUCUCUCUCGCUCUCUCUCUCGCUCUGUCUCUCUCUCUCUCUCUCGCUCUCGCUCUCGCUCUGUCUCUCUCGCUCUCUGUCUCUCUCCUCUUUAACCCUUGUUCUCUCCUGUAUCUAGCUGAUGGACAUGGGUUUCUCCAGAGAGCAUGCCAUGGAGGCCCUGGUCAACACCAGCACCAUGGAGCAGGCCACAGAGUACCUGCUCACACACCCUCCUCCUCUACUCAGCGGAGCCGUCAGGGUAAGACCACAUACACACAAGACACAUGCACACUCAGCCACGUUCCAUUGACACACUAUAUGCUCAUAUUACACGCACACACACAGGAACACGCACAUGCACCAGAACACACACAUGCACCAGAACACACACAGGAACACACACGUCCCCUCCCGUAAUGUGUAUUAAGUGUACUGCUCUGUUCGUUUGUCUGUAGGACAUGACCAUGUCAGAAGAGGACCAGAUGAUGAGAGCCAUCGCCAUGUCUCUGGGACAAGAGGUCAGCAUGGAACAGCGCUCUGAUUCGCCCGAGGUGCGCCGCCACACACACACAGACACGCCCCACUCACAGGCAUACGGAGAGAACAUAUUGAUGAAUGAAUGGACGACGGCUCAUGAAUGAAUAACCAGGACCCCCUCCAGAAACAAGCUGUGGAGUCUACAAUACACCCUAGGCACUUGUGUAGAUCUGAAAGUAUUGGAUAGGUGUGUAGCCUAGCGGUUCAGAGCAUUGGGCAAGUAACCGAAAGGUUGCUGGUUUGAAUCCCUGAGCCGACUAGGUGAAAAAUCUGUUAAUGUGCCCUUGAGCAAGGCACUUAACCCUAAUCGCUCCUGUAAGUCGCUCUGGAUAAGAGUGUCUGCUAAAUGACUAAAAUGUAAAAUGAUAGUGUUUUCCACAAGCGCAUGGAGUAGCCAGCCAAAUGGAAGAAGGAUCCAGCCAGGCUCCUCCGGUUAAGACAUCUUUGCCCAACAAGUGCUAUUUUGGUGGCCUCUGGCACAUUCUAAUCCUAGAUUAGAUUUUCAACCAGCAAAUUUCAGGAAAUAACACUACUUUUUUUCACACUUUUACAGUGUUAGUUUCAUCAGCUGUUGUACAACAUGAUAUAAUUCACAGGGGAAAAAAUAUUUGGACUAUACUGGGCCUUUAAAGAAUCAUGUAAGAGUCUGCAAUACAGGUAUGAUAGAAGAAUGACGCAGGUGUUAAACAUGGGCUUUGCUACACUGAAAGCAGCAGUUGACUACUCCAUUGCCAACACUCCGGUUAAGUCAGUAGACCUAUAUCAAUCUUUUGAAAAUACCGUUUAAGUAUCAAUAGGUUUAAAACAAUGCAAUCAGUUUUCUUUUAUAUUUUGGACCACUAGCCUACCUAUCGUUCCUGCAGUUAGGAGGAUUCACCGUCUUUUAUAAACUAGUCAAGCUUGCAUCUGCUAUUUACUGUGCUUUGAUUGAGGAACAGCGUCACCACUCCUUGGCUGCAUAUGAAACACGCCAGGGUCCAACGGUAACUUUUUUUCUCACUGGCCCAUCAGAAUUUCAUUGGGGUCAUGCAGGGCCUAUAGGUUGGCAUGCUUUCUCUCUAUAGACCUAUUCAGCUAUUAAUAGGCUACAUUUGGUUAUUAUGAUGUGUUAAAAAGCUGUGUAAUAUAAUUAAUAUAAGUCAUGACUCUAUUAUUUAGAAUUGCAUUGUAUUAAUUGCUUUCAUUUUUGUUUAAAGUAUGUAUUUUUUAGAAGAUUUGAAAAUAGGAUGCUGCCCCUUUAAGACAAAUGUUCCAAAAGAGAUCUCAAAAUGACUAUGGUAGGCUAGCCAAGACUAAUGCUACGUGUCUUUUUGCAGACUAUCAACAGUAGCCAGCAUAUUGCUAGUAUGUUCACUAUCGAAGGUUUACUUUCCCUGACAGUAAAUAAGCUCAGUGAGUAGAUUGAUUGGCAUGUAUUUUUGCUCUGUGCAGCUCGUGUGCUGUGUGACGGCAUCAACCUAUGUACUGCUCGAAGUUGUGACUCGCGGGAGAGUGGUGGUGCUUGAAUGAACGGCCAAUCAUAUUGCUCAAAUACAAAUAGCAUGACAUUUACGUGUGUAGUCUUCAAUGGUAGAGCGCGACAGAGCAGGCAAAUGUUGAAAUGGAAUGAAAAGAUGAGCUGAAAAGUUAUUGGCCCACAUGUUUUUACUGCCAGGGGGCCAACGUUAAUGUCGGACCCUGCAUGCAAAAGGAAAAUAAAUGAAUGUGCCAGAAAACAAUUGGCUAAGUGGAUUUCGACUCAUCGUUACCACAUAUUGGACAUGCAAAUUCCCUCACAUUAUAUGGGAUGUGUAAAUUCAUGCACUCUCCCGCAGUGUAAAGAAAUUUGACUGCGACCACAGUGCACACAACACACACACACACACACAGGUACAGAGAGGCGGGACAGACCGUCAAACCAGCAGUGUGUCCCUGUCAUCGCUCACUUUGACUGACAGGCUCCUGUCCUAUCAAUAGAUCGCUAGAAGUUGCGUGUAUUUUUUCUUCUUACUAGCGAAUUGAAAAGUAGCCUAGUUAAUUUUAAGUGGAAAAAGUACCCGGCGGAAAAUGACUCUGUAAUCGGCUGUAUAGCCGACAGCCGGCGCUAGUGGAAAACACUGGGUAUAGACAAUAUCGUAACUAGAAUUAUAUUUAUUGUUGCAGCGCCACAUUUUAAUUUCAUAGGUUUGGUGAAAUAUUAGCCUAAUUGCUUUUAUCUAUACGGUUCUCUCAGAUCUAUACACAAAUUGGUUGGGGGGUGUUUCUGAAACUUGGCCAACACCACUUCACCCCCACAGGUGCUCACAUUCCCUCCCUCCAUCUUUCUCUCAGGAGGCGGCGCGUCGUCGCGAGGAGGACGACAGGAGAGCCAGGGAGCGUACGGAGGAGGAGGAGGCUCGCUGCCUGGAGAGGUUCCUGGAGGCUGAGCCCCUGGACAGUACGGAGCUCCACGCCUUCACUGACUCCAUGCUGCCCGGCUGUUUCCACCUGCUGGACGAGCUGCCAGACACAGUCUACCGUCUCUGUGACUUGCUCAUGACCGCUAUCAAGAGGAGCGGCCCCGAGUACAGGGACCUCAUCCUACGACAGGUCGUCAACCAGGUACGUGUAAUACCAACCGGUGAAUGCCUUGGAGUAGUGAUGAAGAUUGCAAAUGUUGUCACUGUUAAUGACCUCUGGGUCUAAAGCUGUAGGCUUGUCCUUGUGACCGUCUACACCAAUUAUGUGAGUUUUCUGUGUCCUGUAUGUGUGCAAUGUCAAGGUGUGAUCUACUACAGCAUGUGAACUUUGACAUGUAUAGGUGUGGGAGGCAGCAGACGUGCUGAUCAAGGCAGCAAUACCCCUGACCACCAGCGACACCAAGACGGUGUCAGAGUGGACCAGACAGAUGGCGACCCUGCCCCAGGCGUCCAACCUGGCAACACGCAUCCUGCUGCUCACACUGCUCUUUGAGGUACCCACACACACACACACACACACACACACACACACACACACACACACACACACACACACACACACAGAGAGAAAAACAUCCUACUGCUCAAACUAAUUUUGUGACAGAGAAAUAGAUGCACUGUAAUUCCUUCCUCACACACACCCACCGGCCCUGAAUGCUGAUCCAUGCUGUCUUCUGUUUCCUGUAGGAGUUGAAGCUGUCGUGUGCCAGGGUGGUGGAGAACAGUGGGAUCCUCAAUGUGCUCAUCAAGCUGCUGGAGGUGGUGCAGCCCUGUCUGCAGGCUGCCAAGGAGCAGAAGGACAUCCAGACGCCCAAGUGAGUAGCACCCCCCAGAGCUGUGUGUUUAGAGAGUUGGGCCAACUUUUAGAAUUUUGAAUAUUGUUCUAAUUCAGUUACAUAGCAUUAUUUAAAUAUUUCCCAUCUAGUUAUAAUGGGAGUUAACAUGGUUGCCAUAAUAUGUUGAAGUGUCAUUCAUGUAAAUGCAUCAUAAUGCAGAAACACCAAUUGUCCAAGUCUCUAAAUACAUGGCUCUGCCACCCCCUGGCUAAAGGACCGCUAGAGAGAUUACCUAGCUAGCUAGCACACGUGCAGAAAUGAAUGACCAUCAGAAAUAUACUGUCCUGCUAGAAAUGGCAGCAUGAACUAUCUUUGUUUUUUUCUUAUUAGAGCGAUACUUUUUCCCGUACUUAGGUGAGGUAAAUGUAUAAGCGUUGCGCCUGUCAGACAAAAGGCAAUGUACAACACGACUGAACGUUGUCUGUCCGACUCUGUACAGGUGGAUUACUCCAGUGCUGCUGAUCAUUGACUUCUACGAGAAAAUGGCUGUUUCAUCCAAACGCAGAGCGCAGAUGAACAAGGUAAGAGGAUCGUCCCCGUGCAACAUAAAGAUUAACCCACAUUAUAGGAUAUGUGUGUGAUUACCAUCGUAUCGCCAUGUCUGGUCUUUCACUCAACCUUCUCUCACUACAAAAAAAAAUACUUUUUAUUCCCUGCUCUCAUCCUUUCCGUCCCCCCACCCCCUCCCCUCUCUCCAGUACCUGCAGCCCAACGGUAAUAACUGGCGUUGGUUUGACGACAGGUCGGGGCGCUGGUGCAGCUACUCUGCCUCUAACAACGGCACUAUAGACUCAGCCUGGAGGGCCGGGGAGAGCAGCGUACGAUUCACCGCCGGACGCAGGAGAUACACCGUACAGUUCAACACCAUGGUCCAGGUACAGAGAUAGAUAUAUACAUACUCACUCACUCAAUGGCCAGUUUAUUAGGUACACACAUCUAGUACCGGGUCGUACCCCCCAUUGCCUCCAGAACAGCCUGAAUUCUUCGGGGCAUGGAUUCUACAAGGAUUCCACAGGGAUGUUGGUCCAUGCUGACGCGAUGGCAUCACGCAGUUGCUGCAGAUGGGACGGCGGUACACCACCGCCACCAGCCUGUACCGUUGACACCAGGCAGGAUGGGUCCAUGGACUCAUGCUGCUUACACCAAAUCCUGACUCUGCCAUCAGCAUGACGCAACAGGAACCGGGAUUCGUCGCACCAGGCAAUGUUUUUACAGUCCUCAAUAGUCCAGUGUUGGUGAUCAAGUUCCCACUAGAGCCGCUUCUUCUUGUUUUUAGCUGAUAGGAGUGGAACCCGGUGUGGCUGUCUGCUGCAAUAGCCCGUCCAUGACGAGGAUCGAUGAGUUGUGCUUUCUGAGAUGCCGUUCUGCACACCACUGUUGUACUGCGCCGUUAUUAGUCUGCUUGUGGCCCGCCUGUUAGCUUGCAUGAUUCUUGCCAUUCUCCUUCAACCUCUCAUCAAUGAGUUGUUUUCGCCCACAGGACUGCCGCUGACUAAUGUUUUUUUGUUUGUCACACCAUUCUCGGGAAACCCUAGACACUGUUGUGCGUGAAAAGCCCAGGAGGGUGGCCGUUUCUGAGAUACUGGAUCUGGCUGGCCUGGCACCGAUGAUCAUACCACGCUCCAAGUCUUUUAGGUUCACUUGUUUUGCCCAUUCUAAUGUUCAAUCGAACAGUAACUGAAUGCCUCUAUGCCUGUCUGCCUGCUUUAUAUAGCAAUCCACGGCCACGUAGGAGCGAUUCAUUCUCGUGAAAGUAGUGGUGUACCUAAUAAACUCGCCGGUGAGUGUAGGUCUCUUUUUUUAUACAGACCACUCAAACAAAUGAACAGAGUCGACAAACAGUGGAGCAUAUAUUUUUAUCAUCAGACUUAAGAAUACUUUAAUAAAUCCUGGUCUUAAUAGCAUGCUCAAUGGAGAGUAUUCAUUGAAAGUGCUUUUCAGUCCAGUUAUGGACAUAAUUUGGGUUUGGGAAACCAUUGCCUUCUAUAUUAUUGUUAAAUUCCAGGUGAAUGAAGAGACUGGUAACCGUCGUCCGGUGAUGCUGACGGUCCAGAGAGUGCCUCGCGUUCCUAAACCUGCCAAAGCUGGCAGCAUGACGGACUCGGAGAGGGAGGAGGGGGACAGGGGCAAGGUAGAGGAGACACAGACAGACCCAGGUAAUGAUUGGAUCAACUACUACUAGAUAGGAGCUACCAUUCUAGUAUAGCCUCAAACAGAUACCUGAGACUGAUGACAGGGACAGGGGCAAGGCGUAGGGUAGAGGGACCCAGAUAAUGGACAUAUACUGCCUUCUACAGUGCCUUCAGAAAGUAUUCACACCCCUUGACUUUUUCCACAUUUUGAUGUUACAGCCUGAAUUUAAAUUAAGAUUUUGUGUCACUGGCUUACACACAAUACCCUAUAAUAUCAAAGUGGAAUAUUUUUGUUGUUAAUUAAAAAUGAAAAGCUGAUGUCUUGGGUCAAUAAGUAUUCAAUCCCUUUAUGGCAAGCCUAAAUAAGUUCAGGAGUAAAAAUUUGCUUAAUUCACAUGAUGGGUUGCAUGGACUCACUCUGUGAAAUAAUAGUGUUUAACAUGAUUUUUGAAUGACUACCUCAUCUCUGUACCCCACACAUACAAUUAUCUGUAAGGUCCCUCAGUCGAGCAAUGAAUUUCAAACACAGAUUCAACCACAAAGACAUGGGAGGUUUUCCAAUGCCUCUCAAAGAAGGGAAACUAUUGGUAGAUGGGUAAAAAAAAAAGCAGACGUUGAAUAUCCCUUUGAGCAUGGUGAAGUUAUUAAUUACACUUUGGAUGGUGUAUCAAUACACCCAGUCACUACAAAGAUACAGGAGUCCUUCCUUACUCAGUAGCCGGAGAGGAAGGACACCGCUCAGGGAAUUCACCAUGAGGCCAAUGGUGACUUUAAAACAGUUACAGAGUUUAAUGGAUGUGAUGGGAGACAACUGAGGAUGGAUCAACAUUGUAGUUACUCCACAAUACUUACCUAAAUGACACCGUGAAAUAAGGAAGCCUGUACAGAAUAAAAAUAUUCCAAAACAUGCAUCCUGUUUGCAGUAAGGCGCUAAAGUAAAACUGCCAAAAAUGUGGCCAAAGAAAUGUAUUUUAUGUUUUGACUACAAAGUGUUAUGUUUGGGGCAAACAUAUCACUGAGUACCACUUAAUAUUUUCAAGCAUGGUGGUGGCUGCAUCAUGUUAUGGAUAUGCUCGUCAUCGGCAAGGACUAGAUUUUUGUUUUUUUGUUGAUUUUAAAAAUAAACUGAAUAGUGCGGAGCACAGGCAAAAUAUAACCUGGUUGUCUGCUUUCCAACAGACACUGGAAGACAAAUGUACCUUUCAGCAGGACAAUAACCUAAAACACACGUCCAAAUAUACCCUGGAGUUGCUUACCAAGACAACAUAGAAUGUUCCUGAGUGGCCUAGUUACCGUUUUGAGUUAAAUCGGCUUGAAAAUCUAUGGCGAGACUUGAAAAUGGCUGUCUAGCAAUGAUCAACAACCAACUUGACAGAGCUUGAAGAGUUGAAAAAGAAUGAACAAAUAUUUACAAUCCAGGUGUGGAAGCUCUUUGACUUAACCAGAAAGACUCACAGCUGGAAUCGCUGCAAAAGGGGAUUCUAAACAUAUAUUGACUCAGGGGGUUGACUACUUAUCUAAUGAAGAUAUAAUACUGUUUUAUUUUUCAUCUUUAUUUUUCAGAUUUUUUUUUAAGGAUUAGUGUAGAUCAACAACAAAAAAAGAUAAUUAAAUCAAUUUUCGUCCCAAUUUGUAAUACGGCAAAAUGUGGAAAAAGGGGUGUGAAUGCUUUCGAUAAGCACUGUAGAUUUAUAGCUUUGGAAGAAAUAUGAGCAACUCCAGUGUUUUAUAAGCAAAAUGUUAAGGUGAAGUGUUUACCUUUUAUUAGACAUUGCUAUAGUCACAAAGCCCACUUUGUUUAGAUGAAAAAUGUAUGCAUACCAUUUCUCUAGUUGUAUACCACAGUCAAAUCCCCCUCUGUCUCUUUCAGACUCUGCCCCAUUAGCCGUGGAGAUGAGUGCUCCUAAAGACGACAACGCUACCACUCAACUAAAGGAGUCCUCCUCCGGUCCCUCUGCUCCUCCCGCCCCCCUGGACCCCACGUCUGAACGCACCGGGGCAGGAGGAGCCAUCGUGGUGCAGGGCCUGACGGAGGACAUGACCACGGUGCUCAUCAGAGCCUGUGUCUCCAUGAUCAGUGUCCCUGUGGACCCAGACACACUCCACGCCACACUAAGGUUCCUACUUUUAGUUUGUUAUUUUAUGUCUGGAAUCUUAUGGAAAACAACAGCCUCUUGCUAGGUGCACACUUGAAUUAAAGGGUAACUACACACAAAAAUCUACAUUUCUCAGAUUUUUCCCAGACCUCAAAAGUGGUUUCCUGAUUUGGUUUAAGCAUCGUUGUGGACUUGGAACUAGGCUUGGGCGGUAUACCAUAUACCGGGGUAUUUGGAAAUAGCCAAAGGAUGUUUUUUCAAUACUGUCAAUAUUGUUUAAACUUUCUUUGACAUUUUAAUUUUUAUACAUUUGAAUAUUUGUAGCUACUUUUUAAGUUAAUACCUGCAGUCAACUUGUGCAAUACAUUAGGAGAUAAGGAAGAUCGAGUUCAUUUCACAUGUCACACAAUCUUUCAUUAUGAAGCUUACUGGUUGUCCCCAGUCACGUGGUGUUUACAAGCAUACAACGAUGAGAGACCGGAGCCUUGUGAGUCACUCAGUGUUGUGCAGUAGUAUGGAAUUCACAACUAAAUGUUUACCAGCUAAAUAUCUUAUAACUAUUAAGUUGUGCUAAAUUCUCUGCAGUUGUGCAUUUUUGGUUUGCUAAGUUAUUAGCUUGUUAGCUAAGUGGUUAACCUCUUCCAUAGUAAAGUUUUGCUUGGUAACAGCAGAGAAUCCCCUCCUAGAUCAAGAGCCUUGCUGUCUAAUGUUUAUUUUGUGCGUGCAGCAAACUGUGAGUAGCAUUUUUGAGCUAGUUGUAUAACGUUGAGCUGGGAUGUCUGUCCUGCAAAUAAUUUAGGUCAGAGACUGUAUAAAAUGUUCGCAAUGCGCUCGUUAGCAUUCUCUAUGGGAUUCUACAUCUGUUUGUUAGCAUUGCUAACCUUGAGAUUACAAAGGCUCAGUGGGGUUUGGAAAUAGCACUCCUUCUGUUCAGUGCCGUUAUUACCGAAUAUCCCGCUAUGGCACAAGGUCGGUAUGAAGGUAUGACAAUAUUGAUACCUCCCAAGCCUCCAAUGUUGUGGCAAUUCAUCUUGCAGUAAAACUGUAAAUAAGACUUUAAUCUUGAAGAUGAAAUGUAUUUAAAAAAAACUUACUUAGGAAAUAGUCCAGAUCAUAUAAUUUCGCUGUGUAUUUCGGAUGGAAUCAAGGCAUUAGAAUGUGCUAGAUGCUACCAAAAUGGAGGUAAUAUCAGCAAAAUAUUUUGAACCCAGGCCCGGGGGUACCUGACUGUCUACUUUUUCUAUUUGGCUGGCUACUCUAUGUACUUGUUGAAAGCUGAAAAGGGUCAAGAAAAGUGCUGUACAAAUCAAAUGUAGUAGUUUAUUUUACUGAUCCAAAAUGGGAAAUUGGUUUGCGGCAGUCAUAAAAUGACACUUGAAUCACAACUGCAAGUACGUAACAUAAAAUGCAUCUAUAUAUAAAUUGCACAGGAAGGACUGGCAUCAAUUGGACUAAAUGUGUUUUUAUAAUUAUUCUUCAGGCUGUGCCUGCGCCUGACGAGGACCCACCACUACGCCAUGAUGUUUGCUGAGCUGAAGAGUACCAGGAUGAUCUUGGGGCUGACGCAGGGGUCGGGGUUCAACGGCUUCACACCCCUGGUCACGCUGCUGUUCAGACACAUAAUCGAGGACCCCGCCACGCUACGCCACACCAUGGAGAAGGUACUGGAACACUUUAACCUAUUAUUUCCACUAUUUUCUGAUCAGUGCAGCUAAAGGCAAGGAUAAACUGAGAGGAACACACUUUAGACUGUUGAGAUAAACCCCCCAGUCAGUGUUAAAAUGUAGUGCAAUAUAGCCAUUUGGGAUUUGCACUGAGUGACUGUCUGUCUGCCCUUUCUAGGUGGUACGGUCAGCAGUGACCAGCGGGGCGGGCAGCACCACGUCAGGUGUGGUUUCAGGCUCUCUGGGCUCCAGAGAGAUCAACUACAUCCUGCGUGUUCUGGGCCCUGCCGCCUGCCGUAACCCAGACUGCUUCGCUGACACGGCCAACAGCUGCGUCCGCAUCGCCCUGCCCGCACCCCGUGGAGCUGGUACGGGUAUGUUAAAACACUCUGAUAGGGGGAAACGUGGAGCUGGUACGGGUAUGUUAAAACACUCUGAUAGGGGGAAAAAAUGAUAUUUCAAUGUCCACAGGUCUAUCCGGCUUGAAGGACCAUGCUAAACAGUGUGGUGUGGUGACCAAAUCUUUAUGAAACUACUUCUGAAUACGUCUUGAAUAUCUCAGACAGACCUGUGGCUAGUCAACGAUCCGCUUGCACCUAUAGCUCUCAGCUAGUGCACCUAUUUUACAGUGUGACUUAAUGUGAUGGUGUGUGUGGUUGCUUUAAGUGUUUAGUUGUUGAUGUCGUUCUCUCGCUCUGCUCAGUGUCAGAUGAUGAGUUUGAGAACCUGCGUAUCAAGGGGCCCAACGCGGUGCAGCUGGUGAAAACCACCCCCCUCAAGCUGUCUCCACUGCCCCCCAUCCCUGACACCAUCAAAGAGGUCAUCUAUGACAUGCUCAACGCCCUGGCCGCCUACCACGCACCUGAAGAGGGUAAGACACUCACACAAGCGCCCUAUCCCAAUUUGGGUUUACUCCAUACCUUGCAUCCUAUGUCCUCGCCACCACCUCAACUGUAUUGGAGAAGGUCCAAGGUCCCUCCCCUCGGUUCUUAGUCUCUAAUGCAUUAGGAGAAGGAGGGGAGGAGAGAGGAUGCAAGGAAUCGACAAAAGAUUGAGACAGCGAGCCCUGUAGCCAUACACUGAGUGUACAAAACAUUAAGAACACCUUCCUAAUAUUUAGUUGCACCCCCUUUUGCCUUCAGAACAGCUUCAAUUCAUCGGGGCAUGGACUCUACAAGGGGUUGAAAGCAUUCCACAGGGAUGCUGGCCCAUGUUGACUCCAAUGCUUCCCACAUUUGUGUCAAGUUGGCUGGUUGUCCUUUGGGUGGUGGACCAUUCCUGGUACACACGGGAAACUGUUGAGUGAAAAACACAGCGGCAUUGCAGUUCUUGACACAAACCGGUGCUUCUGGCACCUAUUACCAUACGCCCUUCAAAGGCACUUAAAUAAUUUUUCUUGCCCAUUCACCCUCUGAAUGGCACACAUGCGCAAUCCAUGUCUCAAUUGUCUCAAGGCUUAAAAAUCCUUCUUUAACCUGUCUCCUCCCCUUCAUCUACACUGAUUGAAGUGGAUUUAACAAGUGACAUCAGUAAGGGAUCAUAGCUUUCACCUGGAUUCACCUGGUCAGUCUAUGUCAUGGAAACAGCAGGUGUUCCUAAUGUUUUGUACACUCAGUGUAUGUUGCCUUGUAGCUACAUGUGUGUAAAGUGGAAGGUUCUGUGGGCUAACUUCCUGUGUGUGUCUCGUGUAGCUGAGCGUCCAGAGGAGCCUGCGGUGGCGGUGCCGGUGCCCGGGGGGCAGGACCUGUGUCAGAUCCUCCAGGAUGAUGAUGUCUACCAGCAGUACAGACUCACCAGACAGGGCAGUGACUUCGACUCACAGUCCGCUUUCCACAUCAACGUAAGUGUCAUGUCUGGCUGGCUGUUUGAGAGUCCUUCUGGCCAUGGUCCUGUUUCAGUAGGGGUUUUGCAAAAGAAAACAGAAGAUGUGUUCUUAUUGGAAGUUCAGGUUAUACCUCUCCGUUUCAAAACGUUUUUCCACCGAUUGAACAGGACCCAAGAGUGAGUGUUGUCAAUGGAAACGUAUGUUUUGAAAACUGCUGUAUUAGUCUAGAUGUGGUAGGUCAUAUUUCCCCCCCCCCUCUCCUCACUCUCUCAGGCCCAGGUGUUUACUGCGGAUGGUGCUGUGGCUGACUCUUCUCAGUCUGGCACGCCCCAGGGAGAAGGUGAGACACUCCCUCCCUCCUCUUCACCUCCAGCCUCUACUGGUACUGACCGCAUUUACAUCCUUACACUUCUCCCCUUGGUUUGAUUACAUUUUAGGAUGAAAAUAUACAAUAUAGUGUAUUUACACAAGAUUUAAUUUAAAUGUAUUGGAAGUAUGACUUUUUUUUUUUAAUGAAAAAUGUAUGCACUCACUAACUGUAAAUCACUCUGGAUAAGAGCGUCUGCUAAAUAACAAAAAUGUAAAAUGUACAAAAUUUAAUGAAAAAUGAUUUUGUCACAAGUGUAUUCUUGAAAAUGUGUUCUAACAUGCCUAUAAACACCUCUCUGCCCCCGCUUGAUCCUAAUCUCUCCUCUUGCCUCCUCUCCCUCAUGUCCUCUCCCCAGCCUCUACUCCAGAGGAGAUGCGUGAGGAGAAGAAGGAGGUGGAGGGUGAAAAGGGAGCCAGCUCAGAGGAGGUUAAGGGGGCCAAGCCCUUGAUGCCCACCUCCACCAUCCUGAGGCUCCUGGCAGAGCUGGUCAGGUCUUAUGUGGGCAUCGCCACCCUCAUAGCAUCCUACGGCUACACGGCCGGACAGUCUGAGCUCAUCAAGGAGGUGGGUUGGUUCGCCUGGACAAAACGUCAAUUUUUCGCAAUCUAUUUGUAUUGAGAUUUUUACUACACUUAAUACAUUUUGCAUAAAGUACCCAAAGGGAUCAAAGCUUUAAGUUAGCGUUUCCCAAACUCUGUCCUCGGGACCCCAAGGGGUGCACGUUUUAGUUUUUGCCCUAACACUACACAGCUGAUUCAAAUGAUCAAGGCUUGAUGAUCAGUUAAUUAUUUGAAACAGCUGUGUAGUGCUAGGGCAAAAACCAAAACGUGCACCCCUUGGGGUCCCGAGGACAGAGUUUGGUAAACCCUGCUUUCAAUACUUGAAAACGCAUUGUUGAUAAACUCCUGUUCAACUCUUCCCAUCCCUGUGUUGCCAUAGCCAUAACUUCAACCUCAUCUGAGGAAAAGUAAAAAAAUUGUUUUGUUCUUUUAGUUGUUCAAAUAUUACAAACAAAAGACAACAUACAGACGCACACAAACAUCAACGGCGUCACACCUGCCCAGACCCACCUGUUCUCACCCCUAUCUACAGAGCAUUGUUUCUAUUUGACCGGACUCGAGUCCUCUCUCUCUGUGCCCUACAGGAUUAUAUGUAUAUUUUAAAAACAAAAAACGAUGUAUUAAAUAAGGCGGCGGCAUUGGUCUUAAGCCGAAAAAGAAAGCAAAUUCACAUUGAGCACCACAAUGCCUACUCCACUCAUGCUCUACCAAGGUUUUCCAUCACACUUUGACCUACUAAAGUAGCUAUGUUGGUCCAUUGUACUUCAAACAACUUGUGUAGGCAGGUUGCUUAGGAUUCAGACCUUCUCAAACAGCCUAAUUCAGACUCUUAGAGGAGGUGCUCCCACAAUAAUGGGAGUUUGUACUGCAUACAAUGUAAAGUAUUGGAUUCUACACACACCAAAAGCUUUGCUUUCAUACUUACAAGAUUGAGUAAGCUGUUUUGUCUUGUAGUGAUGUGGUGUCUGCCUGUAUUUCCUUCAACCUUUAUUUUGGCAAUACAUAACAAAUAUUUUUGGGUCAGUAGGUGCCCAACAGAACAGCAGCUAGUGGUGUGUAGUACACAGUCACUCAUAUAGAUAGAGGUCUUUACAGCCUGUCUACAUUCCUGGUUUCUGUAAUCAUUAGCUUACCUGUGUAAUCUUGACCUAAGCUCAGAACCACUUGUUUUGAAAACAUGGUCCUGUUUUAUCGAUUGCUGUGCUCUGUCAAGUUAAUAUGUAGUCUAAAGUUAUGUUUGUAUUUCUAUUUGCAGUAGAGAUUGUGACGCUAGAAUAAUACACAUUUACACUAGGCCUAUAUCUAAAAAUACAUACAGCCUAAUGAGAUAGAUAGAUAUAUACACACACAGUGCAUUCAGAAAGUAUUCAGACCCCUUCACUUUGUUACGUUACAGCCUUAUUCUAAAAUGGAUUAAAUUGCAUUUUUUCCUCAUCAAUCUACACACAAUACCCCAUAAUGACAAAACAAAAACAGGUUUUUAGAUAUUUUUUGCAAAUGUAUCAAAAUAAAUAAAACUGAGAUUACAUUUACAUAAAUAUUCAGACCCUUUACUCAGUACAUUGAAGCGGCUAUUACAGCCUCAAGUCUAUUUGGGGAGUUUCUCCCGUUCCUCUCUGCAGAUCCUCUCAAGCUCUGUCAGUCCAGGCUCUGGCUGGGCCACUCAAGGACAUUCAGAGACUUGUCCCGAAGCCACUCCUGCGUUGUGUGCUUAGGGUUGUUGUCCUGUUGGAAGGUGAACCUUCGCCCCAGUCUGAGGUCCUGAGCGCUCUGGAUCAGGUUUUCAUCAAGGAUCUCUCUGUACUUUGCUCCGUUCAUCUUUCCCUCGAUCCUGACUAGUCUCCCAGUCCCUGCCUCUGAAAAAUAUCCCCACAGCAUGAUGCUGCCACCACCAUACUUCACCGUAGGGAUGUUGCCAGGUUUCCUCCAGACGUGACGCUUGGCAUUCAGGCCAAAGAGCUCAAUCUUGGUUUCAUCAGUCCAGAGAAUCUUGUUUCUCAUGGUCAGUGUCCUUUAGGUGCCUUUUGGCAAACUCCAAGUGGGCUGUCAUGUUCCAUUUACUGAGGAGUAGCUUCCGUCUGGCCACUCUACCAUAAAGGCAUGAUUGGUGGAGUGCUGCAGAGAUGGUUGUCCUUCUGGAAGGUUCUCCCAUCUCCACAGAGGAACUCUGGAGCUCUGUCAGAGUGACCAUCGGGUUCUUGGUCACCUCCCUGACCAAAGCCCUUGUCCCUCAAUUGCUCAGUUUGGCCGGGCGGCCAGCUUUAGGAAGAGUCUUGGUGGUUCCAAACUUAUUCCAUUUAAAAAUGGAGGCCACUGUGUUCUUGGGGACCUUCAAUGCUGCAGAAAUGUUUUGGUACCCUUCCCCAGACUGUGCCUCGACACAAUCCUGUCUCGGAGCUCUACGGAUAAUUCCUUCGACCUCAUGGCUUGGUUAAUGCUCUGACAUGCACUGUCAACUGUGGGGCCUUUUUAUAUAGGCACGUGUGUGCGUUUUCCAAUCAAUUGAAUUUACCAGAAGUGGACUCCAAUCAAGUUGUAGAAACAUGUCAAGGAUGAUCAAUGGGAACAGGAUGCACCUGAGCUCAAUUUUGAGUCUGAAUACUUAUCUAAAUAAGGUUUUUCUGUUUUUUAAUAUAAUUUUUAAUAUAUUUGCAAAAACUUUCAAACUCUUUUCGCUUUGUCAUUAUGGGGUAUUGUGUGUAGAUUGAGGAACAUUUUUAUUUAUUUAAUCCAUUUUAGAAUAAGUCUGUAACGUAACAAAGUGAAGGGGUCUGAAUACUUUCCGAAUGCACCGUACAUGCACUGAACAAAAAUAUAAACGCAACAUGUUUCAUGAGCUGAAAUAAAAAUCCCAGAAAUGUUCCAUACACACAAAAAGCUUGUUUAUCUCAAAUUUUGUGGACAAUUUUGUUUACAUCCCUGUUAGUGAGCAGUUGUCCUUUGCCAAGAUAAUCCAUCCACCUGACAGGUGUGGCAUAUCAAGAAGCUGAUUGAAAAGCAUUAUCAUUACACAGGUGCACCUUGUGCUGGGGACAAUAAAAGGCCACUUUAAAAUGUAGAGUUUUGUCACACAACACUACCACAGAUGUCUCAAGUUUGGAGGGAGCGUGCAAUUGGUAUGCUGACUGCAAGAAUGUCCACCAGAACUGUUGCCAGAGAAUUUUGUUAAUUUUUGUUUUAGAGAAUUUGGCACUACGUCCAACUGGCCUCACAACCACAGACCAUGUGCCCAGGACCUCCACAUCCAGCUUUUUCACCUGCGGGGUCAUGUGGAGCGGGGUGCUGAGAAGUAUUUCUGUCUGUAAUAAAUCCUUUUUGUGGGGAAAAACUCAAUCUGAUUGGCUGGCCUUGGCUCCCCAGUGGGUGGGCCUGGCUGCCAAGUGGGUGGGCCUUUGCCCUUCAAGGCCCACCCAUAGCUGGUGCCCUGCCCAGUCAUGUGAAAUCCAUAGAUUAGGGCCUAAUGUUAUUUAAAUUGACUGAAUUCCUCAUAUGAACUGUAACUCAGUAAAAUCUUUGCAAUUGUUGCAUGUGGCGUUUAUAUUUACCAGUCAAAAGUUUGGACACACCUACUCAUGCAAGGGUUUUUCUUUAUUUUUUACUAUUUUUUACAUUGUAGAAUAAUAGUGAAGACAUCAAAACUACGAAAUAACACAUAUGGUAUCAUGUUGGAGCCAAAAAAGUGUUAAACAAAUAUAUAUUUUAUAUUCAUCAAAGUAGCCACCGUUAGCCUUGAUGACUGCUUUGCACACUCUUGGCAUUCUCUCAACAAGUUUCACCUGGAAUGCAUUUCCGACAGUCUUGAAGGAGUUCCCACAUAUGCUUAGCACUUGUUGGCUGCUUUUCCUUCACUCUGCGGUCCAACUCAUCCAAAAUCAUCAAUUGGGUUGAGGUCGGGGGAUUGUGGAGGCCAGGUCAUCUGAUGCAGCACUCCAUCACUCUCCUUCUUGGUCAAAUAGCCCUUACACAGCCUGGAGGUGUGUUUUGGGUCAUUGUCCUGUUGAAAAACAUGAUAGUCCAACUAAGCGCAAACCAGAUGGGAUGGCGUAUCGCUGCAGAAUGCUGUGGUAGCCAUGCUGGUUAAGUGUGCCUUGAAUUCUAAAUAAAUCACUGACAGUGUCACCAGCAAAGCACCAUCACACCACCACCUCCAUGCUUCACGGUGGGAACCACACAUGCGGAGAUCAUCCGUUCACACACACCGUGUCUCACAAAGACACAGCGGUUGGAACCCAAAAUCUCAGAUUUCCACCGGUCCAUUGGGCUCCCGAGUGGCGCAGCGGUCUAAGGCACUGCAUCUCAGUGCUUGAGGCGUCACUACAGACCCCCUGGUUCGAUUCCAGGCUGUAUCACAACCGGCCGUGAUUGGGGCGGCGCACAAUUGGCCCAGCGUCGUCCGGGUUUGGCCGUUGUAGGCCGUCAUUGUAAAUAAGAAUUUGUUCUUAACUGAAUUGCCUAGUUAAAUAAAGGUACAAUUAAAAAUGUGCGUGUGUUUCUUGGCCCAAGCAAGUCUCUUCUUCUUAUUGGUGUCCUUUAGUAGUGGUUUCAUUGCAACAAUUCGACCAUGAAGGCCUGAUUUCACGCAGUCUCCUCUGAACAGUUGAUGUUGAGAUGUGUCUGUUACUUGAACUCUGUGAAGCAUUUAUUUGGGCUGUAAUUUGAGGUGCAGUUAACUCUAAUGAACUUAUCCUCUGCAGCAGAGGUAACUUCUUUCCUGUGGCGGUCCUCAUGAGAGCAAGUUUCAUCAUGGCGCUUGAUGGUUUUUGCGACUGCACUUGAAGAAACUUUCAGUUCUUGAAAUUUUCCAGAUUGACUGACCUUCAUGUCUUAAAGUAAUGACGGACUGUUGUUUCUCUUUGCUUAUUUGAGCUGUUUUUACCAUUAUAUGGACUUGGUCUUUUACCAAAUAGGGCCAUCUUCUGUAUACCACUACUACCUUGUCACAACACAACUGAUUGGCUCAAACGCAUUAAGAAGGAAAUAAAUUCCACAAAUUAACUUUUAACAAGGCACACCUGUUAAUUGAAAUGCAUUCUAGUUGACUCCCUCAUGAAGCUGUUUUGAGAGAAUGACAAGUGUGCAAAGCUGUCAUCAAGGCAAAGGGUGGCUACUUUGAAGAAUCUCAAAUAUAAAAUAUAUUUUGUUUUGUUUAACACUUUCUUGGUUACAACAUGAUUCCAUGUGUUAUUUCAUAGUUUUGAUGUCUUCACUAUUAUUCUACAAUGUAGAACAUUGUAAAAAUAAAGAAAAACUCUGGAAUGAGUGUGUUCAAACUUUUGACUGGUGCUGUGUGUAUAUACAGUUGAAGUCGGAAGUUUACAUACACCUUAGCCAAAUACAUUAUUUAAACUCAGUUUUUCACAAUUCCUGACAUUUUAAUCCUAGUACAAAUUCCCUGUUUUAGGUCAGUUAGGAUCACCACUUUAUUUUAAGAAUGUGAAAUGUCGGAAUAAUAGUAGAGAGAAUGAUUUAUUUCAGCUUUUAUUUAUUUCAAUUUACAUUUUAGUCUUAUCCAGAGCGACUUACAGUUAGUGAGUGCAUACAUUUUUUUUUUUCUUCAUACUGGCCCCCCGUGGGAAUCGAACCCACAACCCUGCCGUUUCAAGCGCCAUGCUUUACCAACUGAGCUACACGGCUCUACAAGGUACUUCAUCACAUUCCCAGUGGGUUAGAAGUUUACAUACACUCAAUUAGUAUUUGGUAGCAUUGCCUUUAAAUUGUUUAACUUGGGUCAAACGUUUCGGGUAGCCUUCCACAAGCUUCCCACAAUAAGUUGGGUGAAUUUUGGCCCAUUCCUCCUGACAGAGCUGGUGUAACUGAGUCAGGUUUGUAGGCCUCCUUGUUCGUACACACUUUUUCAGUUCUGCCCACACAUUUUAUAUAGGAUUGAGGUCAGGGCUUUGUGAUGGCCACUCCAGUACCUUGACUUUGUUGUCCUUAAAUCAUUUUGACACAACUUUGGAAGUAUGCUUGGGGUCGUUGGCCAUUUGGAAGACCCAUUUGCGACCAAACUUUAACUUCCUGACUGAUGUCUUGAUGUUGCUACAAUAUAUCCACAAUUUUCCUUCCUCAUGCUGCCAUACUAUUUGUGAAGUCCAUCCUCUUCGCGGCUUGCAAGUUACCCCCUUUUUUUUUCCCUUUCUCCAAAAUAACAUGGUCAUGUAUGGCAAACCGUUCUCUUUUGUUUAAUUGUCGAGCAAGGACUUUUCUUUGCCAAAGUACCGUCUUUGUCCCAGUGAGUUGCAAACUUAGUUACGUGUGGAUUUUUAUGGUGGUUUGGAGCAGUGCUUCUCCUCUGUACUUGAGCGGCGCUUUCAGGUAUGGUUGAUUAGGACUCAUAUUUACAAAAAAAAAUAGUACGUUGUACCUGUUGCCUCCAUCAUUUCUUACAAGGUCCUUUGCUGUUGUUCUGGGAUUGAUUUGCUCUUUUCGCACCAAAUACGUUCAUCUCCAGAGACAGAAACACGUCUCCUUCCUGAGCGGUAUGACGGCUGCGUGGUCCCAUGGUGUUUAUACUUGCGUACUAUUGUUUGUACAGAUGAACGUGGUACCUUCAGGCGUUUAGAAAUUGCUCCCAAGGAUGAACCAGAAUUGUGGAGGUCUACAAUUUUUUUCUGAAGUCUUGGCUGAUUUCUUUUGAUUUUCCCAUGAUGUCAAGCAAAGAGGCACAGAGUUUGAAGGUAGGCCUUGAAAUACAUCCACAUGUACACCUCCAAUUGACUCAGAUGGUGUCAAUUAGCCUAUCAGAAGCUUCUAAAGCCAUGACGUCAUUUAAUGGACUUUUCCAAGCUGUUUAAAGGCACAGUCAGCCUUCUGACCCACUGGAAUUGUGAUACAGUGAAUUAGAAGUGAAAUAAUCUGUCUGUAAACAAUUGUUGGAAAAAUUACUUGUGUCAUGCACAAAGUAGAUGUCCUAACCGACUUGCCAAAACUGUAGUUUGUUAACAAGAAAUUUGUGGAGGGGUUAAAAAACAAGUUUUAAUGUCUCCAAUCUAAGUGUAUGUAAACUUCCAACUUCAACUGUAUAUAUUAUUUUAGUAGCAGGACUGGAAAGUCCUUUAUUCCAUUGAUGAGUAUGAAUUAGGCUGUUUGAGAAUGUUUGAAUCCUAAGCAACCUGCCUACUAAUGCUGAGCGAUUUGUGCUCUUGGCGGUCGGUUCGGUUUCUGUUCGAUUAUUAAAAACUGAGUUGCUCGACCAUGUGUUAGAAAAAAUAUGUUGGUGUUGUCAGAAAUGCUACAAAAGGUAGCACGUUGUUUGUUCUUAAUGGACAGAAAUAAGCACGUGAGAGUGAUUAAUUAUACAUUUAAUCAAAACUUAUUCAGUCCAAAAGGUGGCAAGUCUAAUGGUCACUUUAUGGACGCUGUAGUCUCGUUCUUAUCUGACACCUAGAUGGUGAGCUAGGUCGGGGCAAGAAAUGGUAUUUUUCCCUAAUGCUAUUGACCCUGUUAAAGUCCAGUAUGUGGUUCUCGGUAACAGCCGGUUGUCUCAUGACGAGGGGCAGGGAGUGUGUCUACGACAUUGGUGUCAUAUUGGCUUAGAUAUAAUGGUAGGAAGAUGUGAAUUUAACAUUGAGUUUCAAUGAAAGCAUAUUGUCGUGCCAACCGGCUUUAUGUAGAAGUUUGUCCAAUAGGUUCCUCAGUAUUGUCCUUACUCUAGUCCUCUCUUCUCUCCUGGCCAUUUUGCUGGACCACCCUGGGGUCCAACUCUACUUUUCUCUCUCCUUAUGCUGCACUGUUCUACUGUAUAUUUGUUGAGUAUAAUAUUUGUCCUCCUGACUCCCUUGGAUUUAUCUUGCUCUCUCUCCACCUGCAGGACUGUAGUGUCUUAGCCUUCGUGCUGGAUCACCUGCUGCCCCACACCCAGAGCUCUGAGGAUAAGGACACCCCAGCCCUGGCACGUCUGUUCCUGGCCAGCUUGGCAGCCGCCGGCACGGGCACCGACGCACAGGUGGCCCUGGUCAACGAGGUGAAAGCCGCACUCAGCCGGGCGCUGGCCAUGGCAGAGGGCACGGAGAAACACGCCAGGUUUGUGUGUGGGUUGGGUGUGGGUGUCAACCUUGCGGGGGUGCGUGCUAUGCCGCUGCUUAUAAUGAUCAGUUAAGUAUAACUAUAAGAAAUCUAAGAUGUGUAAAAUAAAUGAUAUCCAGAUCAGGGCUCUAGCUAUGUAUUUGGUUUGCCAACUUGCAAGCUAAGUGGCUAGAUGUCAAUAUCAAGAUUCUUGGUUACAGCAGAGACAUUCAAGAUCCCUGUUGCCUAAAAUUGUUUUGUGCGUAAAAAUAAUAAUUGAUAUAUAGAAAUAGUGCCCCUUGAGUACACUUCCGGUAAUACCGGAACCCCGGUAUGGUACAGAGACGGUAUGAAAAUCUGGAUACCACCCAACCCUACUAGCUAUUACUGUUAUGUAAUGAGUAAUAUAGCCGUCAGUGCCAGUUAAUGCUUUGACUUUAUUAUGCAGUUUAUAAUAAAGAUUUACUGACAACCCCCCCCCCCCCCCCCCCCCAGGCUCCAGGCAGUGAUGUGUAUCAUCAGCACCAUCAUGGAGUCGUGUCCAUCCACCUCUAGCUUCUACAGCACGGCAGCAGCCAAGACGCAGCACAACGGCAUGAACAACAUCAUACGUCUCUUCCUCAAGAAGGGACUGGUCAACGACCUGGCUAGAGUACCACACAGCCUCGACCUGUCCAGGUACACACCCCACUGAUCCUCUUACUCUCACCCUCUUACAGAGGAUUCACAUUGAUAUCUGCUAGGGCUGUGGCGGUCGUGACAUUUGGUCAGCCGGUAACUGACUGCCGGUCUCACGGUAAUUUACCUUUUAAUUAACAAACAUGUUUAGCAUCCACGAAUACAAGCUUUAUAUAUUAUGAUUUUAUAGUAAGAAGAAUAUGUUAACAUACAGGUACAGUAGCUAAAUAUAUAAGAAAUGUUAUUGUUCUCAAACAAUUGCAGAGUGAGACGAGUGUGCGCAAUGGAUCGGGCUAAUCUGUGUUGAGUGUAAAAGUGAUCAUUUGAACGGGUCCUAUAUGCUUCAUUUAGACUUAAUUGUCAACUUUAGUUGUGAUAGGCCUAUAAACCUGGGAAUGUCUUAGAAAUCAAAACAUAAGGACUGCAUGCAACUAUGUUGGCGAUUUGGAAGCACUUGCAAAAAAGGCAUGCGCUCUGUUCCUUGCGCCUCCCACUGAGAGAGAGAGAGAGAGAGAACAUUGCAUGGCUGCUCUGCUUGUGUGGUAAGCAAGUUAGGAGCUAUCUAAUCAAUGGAAGAUGGAAUUAAAAUGAAUUUAAAAGUGAAAUGAGAAAGAAAGGCUACAACGACCAAACAGAGUUGUUGCUUUUAACUGUAGUUGCAGUAACGUUAUGUAUGCUAGCCUCAAUUAGCCUAGCUUAACUAGCUUCUCUCGGUUUGAUGCAGUCAAGAUGGGUGCUAUGUAAUUUACAUCUGACAUUUUAGUCAUUUAGCAGACGCUCUUAUCCAGAGCGACUUACAGUCAGAUGGGAAGAUCAAUAACUAGCAAGAAGCUUUAGUCUUCUAAGGUGGCUUAACAGUGCUUGCCAUUUCUCUCUUUCUGUUCCUAUUCCUGUGUCACUCACAGUGCACACACUCACCACACGGCCCCUCCCCUCCCCUGAUCACUAGCGCCGUGCGCGCUCUGUUUCUCGCUCUCUCCCUUUCUCCGUUCCGGUUAAUGAAGUACUAAAACAAUCGGGUGUUGGACCCGACCGGGUCACUGUUUUAAAAAUGUAUUUGUUCAUAUUGUGUCCGGCUGGGAAACCCCCAGGUCCAUUUCGGAACGUGACCUCUAACCCCAUUACCAUUUAUCCACAUUCAGAUUAUUCAAAUGCAAUCAUGAAGUGUUUGUGAUUUUCGAUUGCAUUUGCAUUGAUGUCAGAGUGAUUUAGAUGGACAAUAGAGCGCAGAGCAGGGGUUGGAACCAGUUCAGGGAACAGAACCGGGAACGGAAGUGAUCUAUACUGUUCCGGAAUAUAACCGUUAUUUUAAAAGCAUGGGAACCGGUAAAUUUUUUACAUUCCGGGCAGUCCCACAAAAAUUGCAACAAAGCACUUAUGCAAAGCUCUCUGUCACUCAGAAACGUAUUCCAGUGUCUGCCUGCUGGAAAUCUUUGCCAGUGCAUGUGCAGGCUACCUGCCCCUCGCCCUCCGAAGCAUAGGUUACUGUAGCCUACUGACGACGUUACAAGCGUGAUUCAGAAAUUAGGGAGAUCUUUUUAAUUAGAGAAGAAUGGAUUAACUUUUUCAGUGCUAGUUAGGGAUACUAUAGUUAUCACGUUUCACGUUGGAAUUAUUAACUAGAAAAAGGUGUGUGUAUGUGUGUAUAUAUAUGUAUAUAUAUAUAUAUAUAUAUAUAUAUAUAUAUAUAUAUAUAUGUGUAUAUAUAUAUAUAUAUAUAUAUAUAUAUAAAUUAUAGCGCUGUUCUGCACACACACGCUUGAUAGCUCUGGUCCAACGAUAAAUUCUUAUUUACAAUGACGGCCUGGCAUCCAUUAGGAAGUUGGGUACUACCAACGCAUCGGCGCCAUUCAUGUAGGCCUACAGAGCGCAGAAUAGGAGGAGAUUACCUUGACUCAAUGGUCACGUGGAAUUUGACUGUGUGGCGGUAAUUCGGUCACCGCAACAGCCCUAAUUACUACAUUAUAGUAAGGCUUUACAUUUACAUUUUAGUCAUUUAGCAGAUGCUCUUAUCCAGAGCGACUUACAGUUAGUGAAUACAUUAUAUAUAUAUAUAUAUAUAUAUAUAUAUAUAUAUAUAUAUAUAUAUAUAUAUAUAUAUAUAUAUAUAUAUAUAAUUUUGUUUGAUUUUUUUUUUGUUUAUACUGGCCCCCCAUGGGAAUCGAACCCACAACCCUGGCGUUGCAAACGCCAUGCUCUAUCAACUGAGCUACAUCCCUGCCGGCCAUUCCCUCCCCUACCCUGGACGACGCUGGGCCAAUUGUGCGCCGCCCAUGAGUCUCCCGGUCGCGGCCGGCUGCGACAGAGCCUGGAUUCGAACCAGGAUCUCUAGUGGCACAGUUAGCACUGCGAUGCAGUGCCUUAGACCACUGCGCCACUCAGGCAUCAGUGAAAUCUCCCCAUGUGGGUGUUUCUUCCAAAAAAGUUGCAAAACAGCACAUUGAUUGAUAGCCUGUCUAGCCACAGCUGGCUAGUGAGAGCUUCUCUCCCCCCAUUGGUCAUUGCAGUCUGAAAUUUGCAUAACGUUCACACUUUCUCAACUUGUCGCCAAUUAUCAAGUCGCUGAAUGUCUCCUCGUGUUUCUUCCUUCCGUUGGGAAGGAAUGAUUUCCGGUAUUUCUGCAUAUUUUCUCACCAUUUAUUUAUUUGAUCUCAGUCCCAACAUGGCCAACACGGUGAAUGCAGCUCUAAAACCCCUAGAGACUCUGUCCCGUAUCGUCAACCAGCCCAGCAGCCUGUUUGGAGGGAAGGGGGGAUCCAGCAAGAACAAGACUGAGCAUGACACUGUGGGAGCUGCCAGGGACUCAAACAGCAACACACAAGGUACCACAGGUGACACACACACACACACAUACAGUGCCUUCAGAAAGUAUUCAGACCCCUUGACUUUUUCCACAUUUUGUUACGUUACAGCCUUAUUCUAAAAUGUAUUCAAUCGGGGGGGGUUUCUAAGCAAUCUGCACACAAUACCCCAUAAUGACAAAGCGAAAACAGGCUUUCAGAAAUGUUUGCUAAUUUAUUAAAAAUUAAAAACAGAUACCUUAUUUACAUUAGUAUUCAAACCCUUUGCUAUGAGACUUGAAAUUGAGCUCAGGUGCAUCCUGUUUCCAUUGAUCAUCCUUGAGUUGUUUCUACAACUUGAUUGGAGUCCACUUGUGGUAAAUUCAAUUGAUUGGACAUGAUUUGGAAAGGCACACACCGGUCUUUAUUACGUCCCACAGUUGACAGUGCAUGUCAGAGAAACAACCAAGCCAUGAUGUCAAAGGAAUUGUCACAGAUCUGGGGAAGGGUACCAAAAAAAUGAUGCACCAUUGAAGGUCCCCAAAAACACAGUGGCCUCCAUCAUUCUUAAAUGGAAGAAGUUUGGAACCACCGAGACUCUUCCUAGAGCUGGCCCCCCGGCCAAACUGAGCAAUAGGGGGAGAAGGGCCUUGGUCAGGGAGGUGACCAAGAACCCGAUGGUCACUCUGACCGAGCUCCAGAGUUCCUCUGUGGAGAUGGGAGAACCUUCCAGAAGGACAACAAUCUCUGCAGCACUCCACCAAUCAGGCCUUUAUGGUAGAGUGGCCAGACGGAAGCUACUCCUCAGUAAAAGGCACAUGACAGCCCGCUUGGAGUUUGCCAAAAGGCACCUAAAGACUCUCAGACCAUGAGAAACAAGAUUCUCUGGUCUGAUGAAACCAAGAUUAAACUCUUUGGCCUGAAUGCCAGGCGUCACGUCUGGCGGAAACCUGGCACCAUCCCUACGGUGAAGCUUGGUGGUGGCAGCAUCAUGCUGUGGAGAUUUGUUUUCAGCGGCAUGGAUUGGGAGACUAGUCAGGAUCGAGGCAAAAAUGAACGGAGCACAGUACAGAGAGAUCCUUGAUGAAAACCUGCUCCAGAGCGCUCAGGACCUCAGACUGGGGCAAAUGUUCACCUUCCAACAGGACAACAACCGUAAGCACACAGCCAAGAUAACGCAGGAGUGGCUUCAGGACAAGUCUCUGAAUGUCAUUGAGUAACCCAGCCAGAGCCUGAACCUGAUUGAACAUCUCUGGAGAGACCUGAAAAUAGCUGUGCAGCAACGCUCCUGAUCCAACCUGACAGAGCUUGAGAGGAUCUGCAGAGAGGAAUGGGAGAAACUCCCCAAAUACAGGGGUGCCAAGCUUGUAGCGUCAUACCCAAGAAGACUCCUGCUUUAAUCGCUGCCAAAGGUGCUUCAACAAAGUACUGAGUAAAAGGUAUGAAUACUUAUGUGAUAUUUCAGUAGUUUUUUUCAAAUUUGCAAAAAUGUCUAAACCUGUUUUUGCUUUGUCAUUAUGGGGUAUUGUGUGUAGAUGGAGAAUAAAAAAAAUAUAAUCAAUUUUAGAAUAAGGCUGUAACGUACCAAAAUGUGGAAAAAGUCAAGGGGUUUGAGUACUUGCCGAAUGCACUGUGUGUAUAUAGAUAGAUAUAGACACAAGACUUUAUUUGAAUCCACCAAAAAAAGGAUCCAAACAUUUCAAAGGUCCCUGUAUGCAUGGCACUCAAGGGUACAGAAAGCACCUUCUCCAACAGCUAGGCUGCUCACUACAGCUGAAACAGAGCAUUACCUAUCCAGUAGCUUUGCCCUAGUUUUUGUCAGGCCCGCAAUCUGGAGGCCACGCACUGCAAGCCUGUGUAUGUGGCCGAGACUGCCAAAUAUCAGCGCCACCAGCUUGCACCUCCGCCCGAGGCUGUCCAAGCGUGCCACGAGGGGCUGGUAUUUAAGCAGCUUCUCUGCAAAGGCCUGCUCCAUGUAGCUGUCAAAUGAGCAGCCCACUUCCACCUCCCCCCAGAACAACAGUAUCCUAGCGUAUUUGGCACACAGGAAAACACAAUCAAAAACCUCAAACCAGCUUCCCCUUACACAAGAAUGUUUAUACGUGUGUGCUGUUGGUGAGACUACUUGUCUCACCUUGCUGGCUACCAGGUCAACAAGGUGGUCAUGUCUAGCAAUGUACAAAUCCUUGUAUGAACACAUGUUCGCACUCAUAAACACAUAUACACAUGUACUAACAAAUAUGUUCACACUACACACAAACACGUACUCCACAGAAGCAAAGGGAAAUAGAAAAGUCACAUUUUUUAGACUGUUCUAGGCUUACCGUUGCGUUCAUCUUACUGGAUCCAUGCUCAUUGCAGGUGACUCGGGUGAGGUUGAGGGGACUCUGGUGGAGGGCAGUCACAGGGUCCAAGGGACAGACAGUGACCUGAUGGACGGAGAGACGGAGGGAGACACGGUGGUCAUCGCUGGACAGCCGGAGGUGCUCAGCACCACGGCCAUGCAGGUGGAGAAUGAGUUGGUGGAUCUGAUAGACGAGCUGUUGGAGAGAGAUGCCGGCGCCGUCAACAGCUCCAUUAUCGGUAAGCAAAGCAGUCUGCUGUCCAGGAGUCUCUUAUUUAUUUUUGUCUGUUCAGAAGGGUGAAAUGUUACAAAACCUUCAGGUAGAAAUACGUUUUGUAGAACAGCUGAUUGUUUGUCCUGCAGAAUUGGGCAUCAUUUCCACUCUAUUGCUUACAUCUCUAUCGGAAAUAUUCUUAACGUUUCACCCUCUGAAUACACCACUGGGCUCAUCAGAGUGAUGGUAUCAAUAGAAAGGGGCGGGCACAUACAAUACAGUCUUGGCGGUUUGUUUUUGAUUGGUUGUUUGUUCUGUCACUCAGUGGGACGUAGCAGCGGUGAGGACGAAUCACAAGAGGACGUGUUGAUGGAUGAGGCGCCAUCCAAUAUCAGUCAGGCUUCUACUCUACAGACCAACAGAGAAGGUCAGUGCUGGCUCUGAUGUUUUCUUUUCACAUUGUCCUCUCCAGCAUGGCUCCGACAGUUAUGGUGGCCAGCACAGCACAGCUUGGCUUGGCUCGGAUCUGUCAUAAAGAUACAUUAAAUAACUAUUUAAUUUGUUCUAUUUAGUACUAUGGGUUUAUUAGUGUGAAAAGGGUCAAAGUGUGUUGGGUCUCACUCACUGUCCUCCCUCCAUCUGUCCUUCACUGCCUCCAUUUCUCCUUCACUGUUCUCUCUCUCUCCAUCUCUCACUCCAUCGCUCCUUCACGGUUCUCCAUCUCACCCUCCAACUCUCCUUCACUGUUCUCUAUCUCUCCAUCUCACCCUCCAUCGCUCCUUCACUGUUCUCUCUCUCUCCAUCUCUCACUCCAUCGCUCCUUCUUUUCCUACCGUAGACUCUAUGAACAUCCUGGAGCCCGAGGAUGAGGAGCACACGCAGGAGGAAGACUCCAGCGGCAGCAACGAUGAUGAAGACAGCCAAGAUGAAGAGGAGGAGGAGGAAGAGGAAGAGGAGGAGGACCAGGUGAGGAAAAGGAGGAUAAGUUUGGAGUGUUUUUGUUGUUUGGGCCGUGCUUGAUUUAGUAACCUUUUAUUAGACCUAAAGAGUUGCAUUGGCUCUGGCUUAGUGGGCUAAUACAGGGGAGAUCUGGGUGUGAACCUGCUCGGUCACAUUUGAACGGUUUCCAUUCACUUUAGAAUUAGUUUGACACUAUGUAAUGUCAAAAAAAAAUAUGCCAUGUUCUCUUUGUCUCAGGAUGAUGAAGAAGGUGAUGAGGAUGACGAUGAUGAAGGGUCUGAGAUGGAGCUGGAUGAAGAUUUCCCAGACAUCAACGCUGCGCCACACAUCCGCUUCGAGAGGUUUGACCGCGACGAUGACCUCAUCAUAGAGUUUGACAACAUGUUCUCCACCACCGGUGAGUCAUCUUGGUGUUUUAUUCAUCUUUGUUUUCAAUAUAUAGAUAGAUUUAGAAGGCAACGUAUGUUAUUGGACUGGGCCCAUACUUAUAAAGCUUCUUGGCGUAGGACUGCUAAUUUAGGAUUAGUACCCCCUGUCAAUAUAAUCAUAUUCAUUAUAAUUGAAAAGGCAGACCUGAUCCUAGAUCAGCACUCCAACUCUGAGAUGCUUUAUGAAUACAAGCCCUGAUAUCUCCAAGUAGAUUUCUAGUCUGUCUCUUUGAAAUCCUCUUGAACAACUAAGACUACAGACACACAGCCGUACCAAUAGCUGGAAUAGUUAUGUAGCUGUAAUAAUAUAUAGGCCAGAUUAUAGUAACCAUAUAAGUAUGUAGAAUGACGGGGCUGUGUCACUACGUGUCCCCCUAAUGUCUGCAACUGUUCUCUCUGUUUAUCAUGUUCCCAUCAGCUGACAUCCCUCCCUCCCCAGGCAACAUCCCCAGCUCGCACCCCCUGAUGGUGCGCCACGCCGACCACGGCUCCUUAACGCUGGGCGGAGCGGGCACCAACAACCGUCUGGCGCAGGGCAUGGGUCGCAGCCAGAGAACGCUACGCCAGCUCACCGCCAACACGGGCCACACGAUACACGUCCACUACCCUGGGAACAGACAGCCCAACCCCCCACUCAUCCUGCAGAGGUGAGACAGAUGCUACAAUUAAUGAAUGGAUUAAUUCAUGGGACUUUUCCUAGGUCGUGGGUCAGAUUCUGUCAAAUACUUGAGCUUCCUUUGGUUUAGUUUGCCAGGUACAAAGGGACUUUUGGAAUAGUCCCCCAAGUACAUACUCCAAGAUAAAUCAAUUGCACCUCAAAAACAAAGUAUUGACAAGAAUUGCUCUACUCAUGUGUUUGACCCAGGUCCAUUUCCAAGGAGGUCAUGGGUUCAUGUCUGUUUUAAAGAUAAUAAGAGUGUACGGUAUAUGCCUGUACCUUCCCUCUCCUCUAGACUACUGGGUCCCAGUGCUGCAGCAGACAUCCUGCAGCUGUCCAGCUCUCUGCCACUGCAGUCCCGUGGCCGUGCCCGGCUCCUGGUGGGCAACGAGGACGUGCAUAUCAUCGCCCGCUCCGACGACGAGCUGCUGGACGAUUUCUUCCACGAGCAGAGCAGCACCGGAGGACAAGCGGGUAGAACACUCACUCACUGUCCACCAGUCCACUCUGCUCUAUGGGCUGCUUUCCCAGACCCAUGUUAAGCCUAGUCCUGGAUGUAGAAAUAAUUUCAUUGGAGAAGUAGUCCAGGACAAGGCUGAAUCUCUGUGGGGAAACUGGUUCCUAAGGGCUUAUUAUGUGCUAGGAGCCCCAGUCAAAGCUUUGAUAUCCAUUGUGUUGAAUUCCUCGUAACUCUGUAUAUAUCCUAUCUUUCCAGGCACUCUGUCCAGUAUCCCCACUGCCUUAACCCGAUGGACUGAUGAGUGUAAAGUGCUGGAUGCUGAGAGCAUGCACGACUGUGUAGCAGGUAUGACACAUCUUCUACUAGUCUGACACAUCAUUAUUGUAUUCCCUGAUUCUCACAUUGUUGCUGAACCAUGCAGUCACACACAUACACACACACACACACACACACACACACACACACACACACACAGUACACCUCACCCCUCUAACCCCGCCCCUGUCUCUAUCUCCUUCCCAGUGGUGAAGGUUCCUAUCCUGCAGCACCUGGAGACUCUGAGAGACGAGGAGCUGGAGGAGAGGAGGGAAAGAAGGCGGAGACAGCUGGCUGAGGAAGAGGAGGCUAAGCAGAACGACCGAAGGUCAGGAGGAGGAGAGGAGCCCAGGGAGCAGAGUCUGCAGGGCUCAGGACUGGGGACGGUCAACGGUGCUGUUGGAGAGACCACUGCUGGUACUGGCACUUUCUGUUUUGAAAUGCCUCCACUUUACUUUUGCAAGAAGAAGAGUACUUUUUUUGUAACAUUGCUUUUACCGGAUUCCUUCGAAGUUUGAAGCUUUAACUUGUAAACAUUCUGCUAAAGUGAAUACUUACUUUUCGGAUAAUUUUCUGGUCAUUUUCAGUAUAUUCUUCUUCUGUGCAUGUCUUGAGUAGCCUAACCCAAACCCUCUGGACCCUUCUGAAGCCAGUGGACAGACGGGUGGUCGGAUAGAUUAGCGUGCUGUGGGCUGAGGUAGUAGUUUGUAUAGUUUUAGGAUCACACCAGAUCUGGGAGAUGACUAUACAGUCUACUGUCUUUCCUACGGCAACGCCAUGGCUACCCAACUAUUACCAUGGAAACCACAGGACUGCCAUCUUAGCGUGGACGGUUACUCUGCAACUGAUGGUUGCUUUGUAUGUAGUGAUGUUGAAAUGUAAUGUGCUUUUGUCCGCUUGUUGUACGGAUGGAACCCAUACCCUUCUGUGGCUGUGCUGUGGUGAGGUAGUAAGUUGUGUUGUUGUUGGGGAUCAGGAUAGUGCACCCCGUACGGGAGAUAACUAUACAACUUACUGCCUUCCUCAGUGCUGCCGAACAACGUCUCACAGCAAUCUCACUCAGGAAAAUAAGCUUUGGACCAUUGAUGUCAUUGUUACCCCUCUAACUCAGUGCUCCUCAAACCUCUCCUUGAAUACCACAGCCAGUUCCCCUUAUUUAAUCUACAGUACUAGCACACCUGUAGGAUCUGUUUCUGUACUCCUCUGUAACUGAAGUAGUGAACCUGUUGCUCCCUACUGAGUUAGUUUGACUCAAACCCCUCAUCUCCUGUUCUGUGUAUUGUGCCAUCAGUGACAUCAAGUGAACCUAUUACUGAAAAUCAGAACUGUUUGUCAGUUGUCCCCUCUGUUCUGUGUGUCUUCCCUGGCUCAGAAGGUGAGCCCCAGGGCAGUGGGGUGUCCUGUCUGGAUCCCCCAAGGGUCUCCGAAGGUUUCCUCACCGCGCCCCCCUCAGGAGAGGUCACCCCCACCACCCCAGCCCCCCACGAACAGGCCCUGGUCUCCCUGGAAACCGCUAUCUGCCAGCAGGUCCACCAGCCAAUCGCAGACCUGCUCCUGGCCGAGUCGCACGCCAAUUCACUGGCCGCACUGGCGGGGGCGGGUCUGCCUGCCCUGGCGGCAUCAUCCGAUAGGCCGAACUGUGAAGCUGAGGCGUCCCAGAUGGAAAUGUCCCCGGCGCCCACUAUUGGUGAGAGAGGAGGAGGAGGAGGAAGGAGAGGAGGAGCGAUGAUGGAUGGAGGCAGGGAAGGUAGACUAACUUUGAAACUGUAAAAAGUAUUGGUAUGUUUGUUAUAGCUCGCCCGGAGCACCGGUUGGCGGAGUUUGCACAUUUGAGACCAUUCCAUUGGUCUUGUCCAGCCAGGGCACCAGGCUGGCUAAAACGAAUGCACCCUCUCACAGAGUGAUUUGAUGAGCAGUAAGGACACACAUCUGUAUUUGCAGUGAUGCUGUUGACUAAUCUGUCCGACAACAAUCUGUCUCCUUUUAAAUAUACCCUUCAUGGCAAACUGCAACAUUGCUUCAAAGGGUUGUGCUAGGGUAGAUAUCGGAACAAUGCAUGUGUCAAAAUGCAACCACAUUGUUUUUCCCCAGGCUGUUGCCUUCAGCCUAUGAAGAGUUGUUUAGUGUAUUAACUGACAAUUUUGCUCUUCUCCUCUCCUUCCUCCCCUGUCCUGCCCCCCAGCCUCCCUGAGUCCAGACAUCGUGGAGACCUCAGAGCCUGCAGCGGUGGGCGUGUCACAAUUGGAAGGGUCUCCCAUGGAUACCAGUAGCCCCGCCUCUGCCACGCAGGAAGAGCCCGUCCCCAACCCCGCCCAGGCUGUUCAUCUAUCUCAGGAGCUGUCUGGGAGUGGAGACAGCGGACUGACGGACAGGCACACAGACGCAGAGACAGGGUGAGGGUCUUAGAAGAAAAUACUAACGAUACAUUCCAAAUUCGAACCCUAGCCCUUACUCCUUUGGCAAUUGUCUAGAUCUAGAAGAUUUGGAUAGGUUUGUAUCAAACAUGAUGGAAAUUCUACCUCACCUAUCAGAGGGCAAGAUGGAGCUAUUACUGUUCCAUAUUGCUUAUAUCAAUGUUAUCUGUUUAGAUCACAUCAGAUACAAAUAAAUGUGAUCUAGGCAGGGGCUCUGAGGGAAAGAUGAGCUAAACAAAACUAUUUUUCUCAUGCCUCUCCCCCUUCCUCUCUCUCUCUCUGUAGCUCCACCACUGUCUCCUCCCCUGGAGAGACCAUGCCCCGGAGUGACCGUGCCAACAGCCAAUCCCAGGCCAUCCAGGAAGAGCCCCUCCCUUCCACCAGCAAUGAGGAUGAGGACCCACUGGCAGGUAAGAAGAGUCUCAUUCCCUCUAGCUCAGUGAUGGGCAUCCCUCCUGGAGAGCUAACCUGAUUCUACGACUCACCUGUUGCACAUCAGGACCUUGAUUUGAUCUAGAUUGUUAGAGCAGGGUUGGAGCAAAAUCAUUCAUACACAGUAGCUCUCCAGAGGGAGGGUUGGCCACACUUAUUCUACUUCAUGCACAGUAAAGCUCUACAUUUCUACACUCACUCCCCCCCCCUCUCUCUCUCUCUCUUUCUCUGUCCAGGCAUCAGUCUACCAGAGGGUGUGGACCCGUCCUUCUUGGCAGCUCUUCCAGAGGACAUCCGUCGUGAGGUGCUCCAGAACCAGCUGGGUAUCCGACCCCCGGCGCGCCCCCCUCCCUCCUCCACCCUCCCCUCCACCACCACCCCUGAUACUGGGAGGAGGAGCCGGGGUCACAGAGGUCAGCCCUGAGUUCCUGGCUGCCCUGCCACCUGCAAUACAGGAGGAGGUGAGCAACAAAACUUAGGACUAUUAAAAAGCGUAUUAUUUAACCAGCAAUGUAAUUGGAGGACUGAGAGAACUGUGUAAGAAGUAUUUUGAAGACUUUAUGAAUUCUCUAUAUAGCCUUUAUAAGUUGUUUAAAAUUUUGGUUAAAGUGGGACCGGUGUAGUUCUAGAUUGUUUCUAGAAGCCUAACCCGCCUCCCUCUCCUUCCUCUCUCUCGCCUCUCUCUCGCCUCUCUCUCGCCCCUCUCUCCCUCCUCCCUCUCACCCUCCUCCCUCUCACCCUCCUCCAUCCCUCUCUCCCCUCUCUCCCUCCUCCCUCUCUCCCUCCUCCCUCCUCCCCUCUCUCCAUCCUCCAUCUCUCCCUCCUCCUUUCUCUCCUUCCUCCUUUCUCUCCUACCUCUCUCUCCCCCUCCCCUCUUUCUCCAUCCCUCUCUCCUCCCUCUCUCCCUCUCCCCAGGUGUUAGCGCAGCAGAGGGCAGAGCAGCAGCGUAGAGAACUGUCCCAGCAGCCCACGCAGGGCGACAUUCCCCUGGACCCUGUGACCUUCAUCCAGACCCUUCCCUCAGAGCUUCGUCGCUCCGUCCUGGAAGAUAUGGAAGACAGCGUGCUGGCAGUCAUGCCCCCGGACAUCGCUGCUGAGGCAGCCGCGCUGCGCCGCGAGCAGGAGGUGAGUGUAAGAUUCAAACCUUUUCCUACACACUAUCACCAAGUAACAAAACUGUGCCAACUCGCAUAGAAUGUCUUCGAUAAAAGAACAACAGAAUUGAUCAAAUACUGUUUUGGCUACAUCAUGUGUCAUUUCAUCAUUGCAUUGAUUGUAAAUUUGACAUCACCAGGCUCGUCAGAGACAGCUGAUGCACGAGAGGCUGUUUGGCCAUAGUUCCAGCUCGGCCCUGUCGGCUAUCUUGAGGUCGCCUGCGUUUACCAGCCGCCUGGGGGGCAACAGAGGAGUUCAGUACACCCGCCUGGCCGUGCAGAGAGGAGGGACCUUCCAGAUGGGAGGAGGGGCCAACCACAGCAGGUGAGAGGGACAGGAUUGGUGUGAGGGGGAGAAUUUGUCUGCGUGAUUCAUCGGUUUUAAAGUGUGCGUGCACGUUACAUCUUAAGUUUCCGUCUAACGUGUCCUCUGUCCUCUCCCCAGGCCGUCCAGUUCCAGUGUGGACUCUCUGCUGCGUCUGCGUGGUCGUCUGCUCCUGGACCACGAGGCCUUGUCCUGUCUCCUGGUCCUCCUCUUCGUAGACGAACCCAAACUCAACACCAGCCGUCUGCACCGCGUGCUCCGCAACCUGUGCUAUCACUCUCAGACGCGUGGCUGGGUCAUCCGCAGUCUCCUCUCCAUCCUCCAGCGCAGCAGCGAGAGCGAGGUUUGUGUCGAGACCACCCGGCUGGAAGAUGCCAGAGGCAAGCGGACCACCGCCGGUCAGGGAGGUUACAGUGGGAGUAAAGGAUCUACGACCACAGCUACCGCUGCCUCCUCCCUCUCCUCCUCUUCCUCCUCUUCUCUGGAGUUGAUCAACAGGGUGGAGUCUCGUAGUUCCUCCCAGCUCUCCUGGCUGUCUGUUUCCAUGGAUGCGGCGCUCGGCUGCCGCACAAACAUUUUCCAGAUCCAACGGGCGUCAGGGCGGAAGCACGCCGACCGGCACUCUGCUGGGGGGACGUCAGGAGGGCCCGGGGGGACCCUGGGAGGAGGGGUACAGGGGGUUACAGCUGGGGUGACGUGUGCAGGGGGAGGAGGGUCAACUGUACACAUCCACCCUCAGGCCGCCCCUGUGGUCUGUCGACACGUACUGGAUACUCUUAUCCAGCUGGCCAAGGUAGGAGACUGUUUAGUACUCUGGGUGAACAUGGUACUUCUCAGGGAAAGUGGGUCUGGAAUCUGUAUCAGUCAUUCAUCUUAGGGCUCCAAAACUUUGUGCAGGUUUUUCUGAAUGGUGUGUUUGAUAGAUAACUGCCAGAUGACCAGAGCAUUUGUACGUCAUGGUCUUUAAAUCCGGUUUGUUUUUACUUUGAAAGUGGGUUUGAAAAUGUUACGGAAAUAGUGCAUUUUCAAUGUAAUGCGUCUCUUAGUUAGUCCAGGUCAUUAAACCUUGUGUGUUCCUAUCUCCAGGUGUUCCCCAGUCACUUCACCCAGCAGCGCUGUAAGGACCUGCUCUCCUCCUCCACCUCUGAUCUGGACUCACGUCUGUGUGCUGCUGCCUCCAUCGUCACCGGAACAGCAGGAGGAGGCUCUAGAACUACCCAGACCUCCAACACCCUCUCCACUCCCUCCUCAGCCCAGAACUCCAUCGGCGGGGGCGCCUGUGGAACGGCCAUCACCCCCCAGUCCCUGGGCAUCUCCACCGACUUCUGGGACCUGCUGGUGAAGCUGGACAACAUGAAUGUGUCGAGGAAAGGCAAGGCCUCCAUGAAGACAGUUUCCCUGGGGGCUGGAGGGGAGGCCGAGGGGGCUCAGUACAGCCUGGAAGCCUCUCCGCUGGGCCAGCUGAUGAAUAUGCUGUCCCACCCCGUGAUACGACGCUCCUCCCUGCUCACCGAGAAGCUGCUGCGUCUCCUCUCCCUCAUCUCCAUCGCCCUGCCUGAUAAUAAGGCUACGGAAGUCCCAGCUGGACACCCAACGCCGCAGUCUACCACAACCGGAGCUGGCAAUCCCGCCACUGCCACCAGUGCAGCCGGUGCUCCGGGCUCGGCCUCAGCCUCUGCUCAGGGGACCACCGUAGGGGUGGUGUCAGGAGCUCAGGGCUCAUCUUCCACCGCUAUAGUGUCCAUACCCACCUCUACUGGAGCCAGUGCCACAGGUGGGAACGCACAGCAACUUCACUUCAGAAGCAAUUCACUGACCUCAGUUUAUAUUUGACUCUCUUAAAAUGAGAUUAGCUUUGUCACUAAGUGGAGUUUGGUCUUGUCUACCCGGCAAUACUAAUAGUGUCAAUGUUUAUCUAUGUGAACGCUACAAGGUAACGCCCCAUAGUAGAAGACUAUAAUGUGAUUGUGAUGUGUGAUUGUGGUGUGUGUGUGAUUUUGUGUUUUGUCUCAACAGGGAAGCAUCGAGCGACCGUGCUCUGUGUUGAAAGUGACACCAAACUUGCCUCCACUGGACUCACUGAGAAACAACUGCAGCUCUCUGUCGAGGUACAGAACAGAAUGCCCCCAAAACCAAAACUCGGUUCCUAACUGGGAAGGCUCAUAGCUCUCUACAUAGCUAGGUGUAUCUGUUGGUGUAGUAGAAACUGUUCAGAAGUAGUGCACUACGUCCAGGCACUUUCAGGUGCGGGGUACAAAACAACGUCUAGUCAUAUCCCUACAGUACACUACUUUUGACCAGAGCCCAGGUACAGUAGUACUUCCUUCGUGUUUGUCUGUUUUCUUCUGUUUGGUUCAUAAUGAACACCCCCCAGGCUUGAGUAACACCAGUGGGAGAGUCUCCUGCCAGGCUAAUAUAGUGCCUCCCACCUUUUUCUACCCCAAGCUCUGACAAAGGCGUCCUACGUCGAAAUGUAGGCCUGUUUCUAGGUCCUGAAAGUACAUUCUCAGAUCAGGGCUCCUUUUUCUUUGUCUUUAGUUUCCUGGGUUGUCACCUGUUGAAGUGUCCUGGGGUAAGGAAUGUUUUUUGGCUUGAGUAACACUCUUCCCCUCCCCAGGUGCUGACCAGUCACUCGUGUUCAGAGGAGGGUCUGGAGGAUGCAGCCAACAUCCUGCUCCAGCUGUCCAGAGGAGACGGAGCUACUAGAGACACAGUGCUGCGUCUGCUGCUGAGUGGAGCUAGACACCUGGGAUACACGCUCUGCAAACAGAUCGGUUAGUAUGCCACAUCAUACACACCUGGGAUACACGCUCUGCAAACAGAUCGGUUAGUAUGCCACAUCAUACACACAACCAUAUACAGUCAAGCUGUUUGUAGCCUUACAAAGCUGACACUACACACACUACCAAUGGUUGCGUUCGGUUCAUUUUCAUUUAAGAUUUCACUUAUGAACCAAUGGAAUGGUCAAUAAAAUGCAUAAAAAAAAAAAAAGGUUUAACAAUUACUUGAGAGCGAACUCAAUGUGUAUCUACUGAUGGUGUUAAAUUUAGUUUUCUGGACAUAAUGAAAGGUGUUCCGCAGGGGUCAAUUCUGGGUCCUGAAAUGUUUACUGUUUACAUUAAUAAUUUUGACUUGUCUGUAAAGAAUUGUAACCUGCACUUGUAUGCCGAUGAAACUGUUGUUUAUGCCAUUGCCCCCAUGGUUGACCAGGCUCUAUCUGAACUACAGUCUGCCUUCACUGUAUUACAGAAACACUUUAUUGACCUGAAAUUAGUAUUGAAUGCAGGUCAAACUAAGUAUAUGUUCUCUAGAGCGCAUCAAAAUAACUCUGAUUUAAGCAUAUGUACUUUAGAUGGGGUCGAUAUUGAUAAUGUCCCUGCUUAGAAAUAUCUGGAUAGAUGAAAAGCUGUCUUUUUUAAAAACCAUAUUGACGAUUUCGUUAAGAUAAUAGAAAUGGGCUUCUAUAGAAAUAGGUCAUGCCUGUCGCUAAAUAGUAGAAAGGAGAUUAUUCAGUCGACGUUCCUAUCAGUCCUAGACUAUGGCGACAUCUAUAUGGACGCAUCUGCCACUUCAUUAAAGCUGUUAAAUGCAGUUCAUCAUAGCGCACUGCACUUUGUUACGGGUGACUUUGUAUUUGUGCUCAUCACUUCAUUCUCUACCAGAAAGUUGGUUGGCCUUCUUUGAUGUCAUGUAGGUUGAUACAUAGAUAUAUUUUCAUUUAUAAAGCCCUUUUACAAAACACCCACUGUACCUAACAUCAUUACUAAACUUUAUACUUAUGAGUUACCAAACCCGGUCUCAGGGAUGGCUAACUCUGAAAAUUCCUACAGUCUUUACGGAGUUAGGGAAAUCAGCUUGCACCUUAUUUGUGGAACAGUCUUCAAAAUGUUCUUACAUUUGAUGUUCUGGUGCCUCUAAGUCAAUUCAAAAAGCUGAUUGAGGACCUUAUUAUUGAUGAAUGUCUUUGUUUUUUAUGAAUGUUUGUCUUCCUGCUGUGUGUUUUCGGUCAUUUCUGUAAUUCAGGGCUCAUCUGUGAGAGACCUUGGUCUCAGUAUGACUCCUUGAUAAAAUAAAGGUUAAAUAAAUAAUGUGCAAAGGUAACCCACUUACUGUCCUGUCUACUCCCCCUCUCUCCUCCUCCAGGCACGUUAUUGGCCGAGCUGCGUGAGUACAACCUGGAGCAGCAGAGGAGAGCCCGGGCCGACGCCCAGUCACCUGACGCCCCUGCUGAGGAUACCUCCCUCUCCGCCAGGCUGAAGGCCGGCAAGCUCUCGAGCAGGUAAAGCGAGCGAGAGCCUUGCGACAGACAGACGGGGGUUUAGGGGUCAAGCUCUCUAGCAGGUGAAGCGAGGGGGUCUGGGGACAGAUGGGGGUUAGGGGUCAGGGUAAAGUUCAAGCUCUCUAGCAGGUGAGAGAGGGUCUGAGGACAGACGGGUUAGGGGUCAGGGUUAGGGUCAAGCUCUCUAGCAGGUGAAGAGAGAGGGUCUGGGAACAGACGGGUUAGGGUCAAGCGCUCUACCAGUUGAAGAGCAAGGUUCUGGGAACAGACAGACGGGUCAGGGUUAGGGUUAAGCUCUCUAGCUGGUGAAGAGAGAGGUUCUGGGGAGGACAUAGUACCAGAUGCUGUUUUUCUUGACCCAGAUUAAGCCCACACCUAGACAAAAAAUCAUUUUCAAUUUUAGUCCAGGGGUAGGCUUCUCAAUUGCUUUUUAGUCAGCUUAAUCUGUGUCUGGGAAACUGGGCCUCAGUGUCGAACUCAAGUAGUCUACAUACUAGGACAGGGAAGACUGUGUGAAAGGACUACUUCUAAUGGAUUUCAUUAUCUUGAGACUAAAUGCCCAGUAUUAAGGACAGUAUCCUGUUGAGGCAGCUAUGUGAUUAGGCUGACAUUUAGCUCUCUUAAGGACACUCCUCUCUGAUGAAAGUGUCAUAGUAAUGAAUAGUCAUCAGUGGUUCUCUCCUCCUAGUGCCAACUUGACCUAUUCAGGUUUGGCUAAAUACGACGCUUUAAAUAGAUGAGUCUGGGAGAAUAGAGAGAAACCCACAGUGUAAGGCUUGAAAUGGAACAAAUCUCUUUUUUUAUUUUUAUAUGGUUAUGAUACUCAAAAAGUUGAGGUUUAGGCGUAUAAAAUAAAGGUUACUCAACAAUCUGUCAGUGUCUGAUCAUUUAGGCCACAGCUUUUGCCUUGGUGGUGUGUCUGUGUGUGUCUAUACUCCUCUACCGCUAGUCCGUUUCUGUAUACUGACUAUACUUUGCCUUGUCGCCCAUCCUCGCGUGCUGGCGGGGGCGCAGGUUUGACGGCUCUGAGAGCGUGGUGAUCGUGGCAGCCCAGAAGCGUACGCUGGGCGGGCGGGAGCUGCAGCUGCCCUGCAUGUCUUCCCUGACCUCAAAGACGUCCACCCAGAAGUUCUUCCUGCGGGUCCUGCAGGUCAUCAUCCAGCUCCGGGAGGACACGCGCCGCGCCAACAAGAAGGCCAAGCAGACCGGACGUCUAGGUGAAAGGAGUGCACUACUAAACACGCUCACAUACACACAGAGUACCCCAUUACACACAGAGUACCCCAUUACACACAGAGUACCCCAUUACACACAGAGGGUAAAAUCAUUCAUAGUAAUGGCUGAGUCAUCAGUCUGUUAAUGUAAAGAAAUGAACCGUAACAAAACGUUUUAUUUAUGAGCAGGUUAAUAUGACCAGGAAAUGCCCUUUGAAGACGAUACCGGUUGAGAGCUUUCUCUAGCAGGGAUGUGAUAUCCCUGAUUAUCAGGAAUGACAGCUUUUCUAUCACAUCUCUGCUCUGGGUGUUAUGUAACUGGUCUCUCCUGUGAAUCCAGGCUCCACCAGUCUGGGCUCUGCCAGCAGUAUCCAGGCGGCAGUCCGUCAGCUAGAAGCUGAGGCAGAUGCCAUCAUUCAGAUGGUGAGAGAGGGGCAGCGGGCACGCCGUCUGCAGCAGGCCCCCCCGCCCUCCGCCUCUGUCACUGCCGUCGCCACCGCCGCCGGAUCCUCCGUGGCCGCCCCUCAUGCCCCCGCCGCUGCCCCCGGCACGGCGAGCGCUGCCACGGUUAGCAUGAUUGGCCGCAUCGCACUGACAGAAUACUGCAACUACUGAGCAAACAUAACUAAAUGCAAACAUGCAUAUUGAUCCAUACACUCACACAUUACUGCUAUUGACUACAUGACGCAUACUGACGACGUGCUUAUUCUUUAGACCUGGCUUCAAAUAGUACCAGAUGGGUGUUUUUUUGGCACUUUUGGGACUCAUUGCAUCAGGCAAGCUCAAUCAAGUGUAGCUGAAGUAUUUGAAAGAAGGCAAAUACUAUUUUAACCAAGGUCUGAUUACAUGCAUACUGACCAUACGCUCACACUGCUAUCGAUUACAUCCCCAUGCAUAUUGAACUUACUCUACAGGCAUGUAAACUGACACUGCUAUUGACAUCGUCAUUGCAUUUACAAUCAGCCUACAGUACAGCCCAACAUCCAUACCGCUGACAUGAUGAAUGAUGACAGUAGCUGAAAACAGACAGAGAUAUGUACUGCAAAUGAUCCACUGUAUUCUGACGGCCUGUCUCCUGUUAUUGACAUGUUCCACUGGCGGACGGUCUGUCUGAAGAGUGAAUGCAUCAGACCUGGGUUCAAAUACUAUUUGAAGUCAUUUCAUAUACUUUAUCUGAGCUUGACUGAGAGAGCUGAGAGAGCCUGGCUUAUUGGAAACAAUAGAAUAGAGUAAAGAGAGCAGACCCUCAAAGUAUUUUGAAGAUUUCAAAUAGUAUUUGAACCCAGGUCUGGAAGGGAUGUGCUGGCUGCUCUCUUUACUGUAUGAUAUGAUGUGUGUAUUGGCUGGCUGUCAUGGCUUCAUGCUUUUUGGCCCCCCCCCCCAGUCUGUCUCUGUCUGCAGCCUUAUGAGAAUGUCAUUGUGCAUCAGCAUGGCACACUGGUUUUCUGCUUUACUGGAAAACUGUCAGCCUUGUGUUGAAUUAAUCUCAUUUUUUUCUCUCUUUCUUUCCCUCUUUUUUCUUUCUCCCUCUAACUUGUUCGCUCUGUUUCUCACUCUUUCUUGCUCUCUCUCCUCUCUUUUUGCCCUCCCUCCAGUCCUCUCUCCAGUCGGAGGUAGGGUCAGUGUCUGAGCCCCAGGCAGCCCAGAGGGAUGAUUCUCCCAUGGAUGUAGACCCUGCACCCCUGGGUUAGACAGGCCUCCACUACAGUCACCACUAUAGUCCUCCACAACACACGUUCCAGCUCAUCUUUAUUGCAGUCACGCUGUGCAGAUCAGAUUUCACAACGCCUUCGAAAAGUGUUUCAGGAAACACAUUCAUAUGGUAUAGCAAAGUUCUGAGAGCAACGUGACUGCAAAGAAAGACAACCUUGAACAUGACCAGAGGCCCUCAAACCACAACAUAAAUACCAUUCUUUAGGGAGUGUGAUUCUAACAUUAUUGUGUUUGGUAUUUCUUGCUCUUGUGCAGAUGAAGAAGGCAACAGCCAAUCAGAGACAGAGGAGCGUCUCCCGGACCUCCCCCUGCUGAGCGAGCAGCUACUAUUGGACGAGCUGUGGGACAUGCUCGGGGAGUGCCUGAAGGAACUGGAGGAGUCACAUGAUCAACACGCUGUUCUGGGUACGUUAGGUUUACAAUAUUGAAACUCACAUGGGUAAAACUAGGGCCCUGAGUUUUUCCUGAGUGUGACAUCUGUAUACUAUGUGUUAACAAUAUGUAUCUGUCGUAGAACCUCCAUUGGAAAACCAUAUGUCCUGAAUUUUGCAGUCAUGCAAUGAAACAUGAUCAACCCUCAGCCCAUACGAAACAGGAAACGUUUUCAAAUGGAAUGUUUUGUACUUACUGAACACAACCUUGGAUAAUUACCUUACCUUGGUCUAAGGCACUGCAUUGCAGUGCUAGAGGCGUCACUACAGACCCGGGUUCGAUCCCGGGCUGUAUCACAACCAGCCGUGAUCCCAUAGGGCGGCGCACAAUUGGCCCAGCGUCAUCCGGGUUAGUGGAUGGUUUGGCCGGGGGGGCUUUACUUGGCUCAUCGCGCCCUAUGGACUCCUUGUGGUGGGCCGGGCGCCUGCAGGCUGACCUCGGUCGUCGGUUGAACAGUGUUUCCUCCGACACAUUGGUGCGGCUGGCUUCCGGGUUAAGCGGGCUGGUGUUAAGAAGUGCGGUUUGGCGGGUCAUGUUUCGGAGGACGCAUGACUCGACCUUCGCCUCCCGAGCACGUUGCAGCGAUGAGACAAGAUCGUAAUUGGGGGAAAUAAGGGGGUAAAAAAUAAAUGAAUAAUCCUUUCACAGGAUUGAUGACGUAGUCUACUCACAUAUCGCCCCCUCUCUCUCCCUCAGUUCUUCAGCCGGCGGUGGAGGCCUUCUUCCUGGUCCAUGCCACAGAGCGGGAGAGCAAGCCCCCUGUCAGAGACACCAGGGAGAGCCAGUUGUCCCACAUCAAAGACGAGCCUCCCCCCCUGUCCCCCGCACCCCUCACCCCCGCCACCCCCUCCUCUCUGGACCCCUUCUUCUCCAGGGAACCCUCCUCCAUGCACAUCUCUUCCAACCUGCCUCCCGACACACAGAAGUUCCUCCGCUUCGCUGGUGAGUUUUGGGACUACAAAGGAGGCUAUGGGAGGGUAUAGCAGGGUAUAGACUCCAGUAUUUUCCUUGCAAUCCCCUCUUUUCCUCCAAUGAUUCCUCAUAGGAGACGAGAGCGGAAGUGAGGAGUGGAAAUAAAUAAUUGAGAGAUUCAGCCUGGAUCAUUUUGGAAAGCCCACGUGUGUUAAAGACCUACAGUGCAACUGAGAUGUUUUCUCUCCCUCCCUCUCUCCCCCCUACAGAGACUCACCGUACGGUGCUUAACCAGAUUCUGCGCCAGUCCACCACCCACCUGGCCGACGGACCCUUCGCUGUGCUGGUCGACUACAUCCGCAUCCUCGACUUUGACGUCAAGAGAAAGUGAGGAAGGCUUUUCUUCUGGGGCAUCAUCUGGGUCAUGUUCAUUAGAGGGAGGGACACCCUGGACCUGUCCAAAAAGAAACUCUCAUUUCGUUUUUUGUUUCAAAACAGUUUUAAAAAAUGUUUUCAGUUGGAUCAGGUCAAUAACUGAUCCUUUGGAUGGAAGCGUGCCUCUUUCAUGAUAACAUUUUAGCUUCUUUUUUGACUGAUUUAUUGAGUCCCCCUGCCUCUCCCCAGGUACUUCCGUCAGGAGCUGGAGCGUCUGGACGAGGGUCUGAGGAAGGAGGACAUGGCUGUCCACGUCAGGAGAGAUCACGUGUUUGAAGACUCCUACAGAGAGCUGCACCGCAAGAGUCCCGAGGACAUGAAGAACAGACUGUAAGGAACAGGGACUCUUCUUUCCGCCUCCCUCUGUCUCUUAGAUUUCCUUCGUCUCUAGGUUUCCUUCUGUCCUCUCAGUUUCCUUUUUCUUCCUCUGUCUUCUCUCUCUCCCUCUCCUCUGUCCUUAGUGUUUCUGUCUGUCUCUCUCCCUCUGUCUCUUGUGUUCUCCUCUGUCUCUUAGUGUUUCUCUGUCUGUCUCUCUCCCUCUGUCUCUAAGUUUCUUUUCUUCUGUCCUGGUCUGUCUCUCUCCCUCUGUCUUAGUUUUCUCUGUCUGUCUCUCUCCUGUCUCUUAGUGUUUCUCUGUCUGUCUCUCUCCCUCGUCUCUUAGUUUUCUCUGUCUCUCUCUCCCUCUGUCUCUUAGGUUUUUCUUCUGUCUCCUCUCUCCUCUGUCUCUUAGUGUUUUUCUCUGUCUGUCUCUCUCCCCGUCUCUUGUGUUUCUCUGUCUCUCUCUCCUCUGUCUUUAGGGUUUUCUGUCUGUCUCUUCCCUCUGUUCUUAGUGUUUUUCUGUCUCUCUCCUCUUCUCUUAGGGUUUUUCUGUCUGUCUUCUCCCUCUGUCUCUUAGUGUUUCUCUGUCUGUCUCUUCCCUCUGUCUCUUAGUGUUUCUCUGUUCUCUCCCUCUGUCUCUUAGUGUUUCUCUGUCUCUCUCCUCUGUCUUUAGUGUUUCUUGUCUGUCUCUCCCUCUGUCUCUUAGGUUUCUCUUCUGUCCUCUCCCUCUGUCCUUAGUGUUUCUCUGUCUCUGUCUGUCUCUCUCCCCCCUGUCUCUUAGGGUUUUUUCUGUCUGUCUCUUCCCUCUGUCUCUUAGUGUUUCUCUGUCUGUCUCUUCCCUCUGUCUCUUAGUGUUUCUCUGUCUCUCUCUCCCUCGCUCUUAGGGUUUUCUGUCGUCUCUUCCUCUGUCUCUUAGUGUUUCUCUGUCUCUCUCUCCCUCUGUCUCUUAGGGUUUCUGUCUGUCUCUCUCCCUCUGUCUCUUAGUGUUUCUCUGUCUCUCUCUCCUCUGUCUCUUAGGGUUUUUCUGUCUGUCUCUCUCCCUCUGUCUCUUAGUGUUUCUCUGUCUGUCUCUCUCCCUCUGUCUCUAGUGUUUCUUGUCUCUCUCCCUCUGUCUCUUAGUGUUUUCUCUGUCUGUCUCUCUCCCUCUGUCUCUUAGGGUUUCUCUGUCUGUCUCUCUCCCUCUGUCUCUUAGUGUUUCUCUGUUCUCUCUCCCUCUGUCUCUUAGGGUUUUUCUGUCUGUCUCUCUCCCUCUGUCUCUUAGUGUUUCUGUCGUCUCUCUCCUCUGUCUCUAGGUUUCUCUGUCUGUCUCUCUCCCCUCUCUUAGUGUUUCUCUGUCUGUCUCCUCCCUCUGUCUCUUAGUGUUUCUCUGUCUCUCUCUUCCCUCUGUCUCUUAGUGUUUUCUGUCUGUCUCUCUCCCUCUGUCAUCUUGUGUUUCUCUGUCUGUCUCUCUCCCUCUGUCUCUUAGGGUUUUCUGUCUGUCUCUCCUCCCUCUGUCUUUUAGUGUUUCUGUCUGUCUCUCUCCUCUGUCUCUUAGUGUUUCUGUCUGUCUCUCUCCCCUCUGUCUCUUAGUGUUUCUGUCUGUCUCUUCCCUCUGUCUCUUAGUGUUUCUCGUCUUCUCCCUCCUCUGUCUUUAGUGUUUCUCUGUCUCUCUCCCUCUGUCUUCUUUAGGUGUUCUCUGUCUCUCUCCCUCUGUCUCUUAGUGUUUCUCUGUUCUCUCUCCCCUCUGUCCUUAGUGUUUUCUCUGUCUGUCUCUCUCCUCUGUCUCUUAGUGUUUCUCUCUGUCUCUCUCUCCCCCUUGUCUCUUAGGGUUUUUCUGUCGUCUCUCUCCCUCUGUCUCUUUAGUGUUUCUCUGUCUUCUCUCCCAUGUCUCUUAGUGUUUCUCUGUCUCUCCCUCUGUCUCUUAGUGUUUCUCUGUCUGUCUCUCUCCCUCUGUCUCUUAGUGUUUUCUCUGUCUUGUCUGUCUCCCUCUGUCUUAGUGUUUCUCUGUCUCUCUCUCCCUCUGUCUCUUAGUGGUUUUUCUGUCUGUCUCUCUCCUCUCUCCUUCUCCCUCUGUCUCUUAGUGUUUCUGUCUGUCUCUCUCCCUCUGUCUCUUAGUGUUUCCUGUUGGUUCUUCUCUCUCUCUCCCCUCUGUCUCUUAGUGUUUCUCUGUCUGUCUCUCUCCCUCUGUCUCUUAGUGUUUCUCUGUCUGUCUCUCUCCCUCUGUCUCUUAGUGUUUCUCUCUGUCUCUCUCUCCCUCUGUCUCUUAGUGUUUUUCUGUCUGUCUCUCUCCCUCUGUCUCUUAGUGUUUCUCUGUCUCUCUCUCCCUCUGUCUCUUAGUGUUUCUUCUGUCUGUCUCUCUCCCCUGUCUCUUAGUGUUUCUCUGGUCUUUCCCUCUCUCCUCUCUCCCCUCUGUCUCUUAGUGUUUCUCUGUUCUCUCUCUAUUCUCCCUCUGUCUCUUAGGGUUUUUUCUGUCUGUCUCUCUCCCUCUGUCUCUUAGUGUUUCUUUCUGUCCUCUCUCCCUCUGUCUCUUAGUGUUUCCUGUCUGUCUCUCUCCCUCUGUCUCUUAGUGUUUCUGUUUUUCUCGUCUGUCUCUCUCCCUCUGUCUCUUAGUGUUUCUCUGUCUGUCUCUCUCCCUCUGUCUCUUAGUGUUUCUCUGUCUGUCUCUCUCCCUCUGUCUCUUAGUGUUUCUCUGUCUCUCUCUCCCUCUGUCUCUUAGGGUUUUUUCUGUCGUGCUCUUCUCCCCUCUGUCUCUUAGUGUUUCUCUGUCUGUCUCUCUCCCUCUGUCUCUUAGUGUUUCUCUGUCUGUCUCUCUCCCUCUGUCUCUUAGGUUUUUCUGUCUGUCUCUCUCCCUCUGUCUCUUAGUGUUUCUGUCUGUCUCUCUCCCUCUGUCUCUUAGUGUUUCUGUCUGUCUCUCUCCCUCUGUCUCUUAGUGUUUCUGUCUGUCUCUCUCCCUCUGUCUCUUAGUGUUUCUUCUGUUUCUCUGUCUGUUCUCCUCCCUCUGUCUCUUAGUGUUUCUCUGUCUGUCUCUCUCCCUCUGUCUCUUAGGUUUCUCUGUCCUCUCUCCCUCUGUCUCUUAGUGUUUCUCUGUCUCUCUCCCUCUGUCUCUUAGUGUUUUUCUGUUCUCUCUCCCCCUCUGUCUCUUAGUCGUUUCUUUCUGUCUGUUCUCUCCUCUCCUCUGUCUCUUAGUGUUUCUCUGUCUGUCUCUCUCCCCUCUGUCCUCGUUAGUGUUUCUCUCGUCUCUUCUCUCCCUCCUCGUCUCUUAGGUGUUUCUUGUCUUCUCUCUCCCUCUUCUCGUCUCUUAGUUGUCUUCUCUUCUUGUUUCUGUCUCUCUCCCUCUGUCUCUUAGUGUUUCUCUUUGUCUCUCUUCCUCUCUCCCUUGUCUCUUAGUGUUCUCUUCUCUCUGUCUGUCUCCCUCUGUCUCUUAGUGUUUCUCUGUCUUCUCUCUCCCUCUGUCUCUUAGGGUUUUUCUGUCUGUCUCUCUCCUCCCUCUGUCUCUUAGUGUUUUCUUCCUUCUGUCUCUUCCGUCUCUCUCCCUCUGUCUUCUAGUGUUUCUGUCUGUCUCUCUCCCUCUGUCUCUUAGUGUUUCUCUGUCUGCUCUCUCUCUCCUCUGUCUCUUAGUGUUUCUCUGGUCUGUCUCUCUCCCUCUGUCUCUUAGGUGUUUUGUUCUCUGUCUCUCUCUCCCUCUGUCUCUUAGUUGUUUCUCUCUCUUGUCUCUCUCUCCCUCUGCUCUUAGUGUUUUCUCUGUCUGUCUCUCUCCCCUCUGUCUCUUAGGGUUUUUUUGUCUCUCUCCUCUGUCUCUUAGUGUUUCUUCUCUCUGUCUCUCUCCCUCUGUCUCUUAGUGUUUCUCUGUCUCCUCCUCCUUGUCUCUAGUGUUUCUCUCUCUGUCCUUCUCUCCCUCUGUCUCUUAGGUUUCUCUGUCUGUCUCUCUCCCUCUGUCUCUUAGUGUUUCUCUGUCUCUCUCCCUCUGUCUCUUAGUGUUUUCUCUGUCUCUCUCCUCUCCUAUCCCUCUGUCUCUUCAUGUUCUCUAGUUUCUGUCUUCUCUUCCCUCUCUGUCUCUUAGUGUUUUCCUUGUCUCUCUCUCUUUCCCUCUGUCUCUAGUUCUGGUCUUUCUCUGUCUUGUUUUUCUGUCUGUCUCUCUCCCUCUGUCUCUUAGUGUUUCUCUGUCUCUCUCCCUCUGUCUCUUGCUCUAGUCUUUCUCUCUUGUUUUCGUCUCUCUCCCUCUGUCUCUUAGUGUUUCUCUGUCUGUUCUCUCUCCCUCUGUCUCUGUCUGUUCUUCCCUCUGUCUUAGUUUCCUCUCUCCCUCUGUCUCUUAUUGUUUUCUGUCUGUCUCUCUCCCUCUGUCCUCUUAGUGUUUCUUCUGUCUCUCUCUCUCUUCCUCUCGUCUCUUAGUGUUUCUGUCUUGUCUCUCUCCCUCUGUCUCUUAGUGUUUCUCUCUGUCCUCUCUCUCCCUCUCUUCUCUUAGUGUUUCUCUCUGUCUGUCUCUCUCCCUCUGUCCUCUUAGUGUUUCUCUGUCUCUCUCCCCUCUGUCUCUUAGUUGUUGUCUCUCUCCUGUCUCUGUGUUCUCUCUCUCUCCCUCUGUCUCUUAGUGUUUCUCUGUCUUCUCCCUCUGUCUCUUAGUGUUUCUUCUGUCCUCUCCCUCCUCUGUCUCUUAGUGUUUCUCGCUUCCUGUCUCGUCUCCCUCCCUCUGUCUCUUAGUGUUUUUUUUUCUCUGUUCUUGUUUCUUGUCUCUCUCCCUCUGUCUUUUUUCUUUCUAGUGUUUCUUCUGUCUCUCUCUCUCUCCCUUCCUGUCUCUUAGUGUUUCUCUUUCGUCUCUCUCUCUUCUCUCCCUCUGUCUCUUAGUGUUUCUCUGUCUGUCUCUCUCCCUCUGUCUCUUAGUGUUUCUCUGUCUCUUCUCUCCCUCUGUCUCUUAGUGUUUUCUGUCUGUCUCUCUCCCUCUGUCUCUUAGUGUUUCUCGUCUCUUCUCUGUCUGUUUCUCUCUCUCCCUCUGUCUCUUAGUGUUUUCUCUUGUCUGUCUCUCUCCCUCUGUCUCUUAGUGUUUCUCUGUCUGUCUCUCUCCCUCUGUCUCUUAGUGUUUCUCUCUGUCUGUCUCUUCUCCUCUUCCUGUCUCUUAUGUGUUCUCUGUCUGUCUUCUCUCCCCUGUCUCUUAGUGUUUCUCUGUCUGUCUCUCUCCCCUCUGUCCUCUUAGUGUUCUCUGUCUGUCUCUCUCCCCUCUGUCUUUAGUGUUUCUCUGUUUCUCUCCUCUUCUCUUGUUUCUGUUCCCUCUCCUCUGUCUCUUAGUGUUUCUCUGUCUGUCUCUCUCCCUCUGUCUCUUAGUGUUUCUCUGUCUCUCUCUCCCUCUGUCUCUUAGUGUUUCUCUGUCUGUCUCUCUCCCUCUGUCUCUUAGUGUUUCUCUGUCUGUCUCUCUCCCUCUGUCUCUUAGUGUUUCUCUGUCUCUCUCUUCCCUCUGUCUCUUAGUGUUUCUUCUGUCUCUGUCUGUCUCUCUCCCUCUGUCUCUUAGGGUUUCUCUGUCUGUCUCUCUCCCUCUGUCUCUUAGUGUUUCUCUGUCUGUCUCUCUCCUCUGUCUCUUAGGUUUCUCUGUCUCUCUCCCUCUGUCUCUCCUAGUGUUUCUCUGUUCUUCUCUCUCUCUCCCUCUGUCUCUUAGUGUUUCUCUCUCUGUCUCUCUCCCUCUCUGUCUCUUAGUGUUUCUCUGUCUUCUCUCUCUCCCUCUGUCUCUUAGUGUUUCUCUGUCUGUCUCUCUCCCUCUGUCCUCUUAGUGUUUCUCUCCUGUCUUCUCUCUCCUCUGUCUCUCUGUGUCUUUUUUCUCUUGUCUGUUCUCUCUCCCUCUGUCUCUUAGAGUUUCUUCUCUGUCUCUCUCUCCCCUCUGUCUCUUAGUGUUUCUCUGUCUGUCUCUCCUCUGUCUGUGUUCUGUCCUCCCUCUGUCUCUUAGUGUUUCUCUGUCUGUCUCUCUCUCCCUCUGUCUCUUAGUGUUUCUCUGUCUGUCUCUCUCCCUCUGUCUGUUCUCUUUACUGUUAGUUUCUCUGUCUGUCUCUCUCCCUCUGUCUCUUAGUGUUUCUCUUCGUCUGUCCUCUGUCUCUCUACUCCUUCUGUCUCUUAGUUCUUAGUUUCUUUCCUGUCUGUCUCUUCUCCCUCUGUCUCUUAGUUUUCUUCUCUGUCUGUCUCUUCUCCCUCUGUCUCUUAGUGUUUCUGUCUUCUCUCUCCCUCUGUCUCUUAGUGUUUUCUCUGUCUGUCUCUCUUUCUUAGUUCCUUCCUCUCUCCCUCUGUCUCUUAGUGUUUCUCUGUCUUCUCUCUCCCUCUGUCUCUUAGUGUUUCUCUGUCUGUCUCUCUCCCUCUGUCUCUUAGUGUUUCCUUUUUGUCUGUCCUUCUUCCUCUCCUCUGUCUCUUAGUGUUUCUCUGUCUUCUCUCUCCCUCUGUCUCUUAGUGUUUCUCUGUCUGUCUCUCUCCCUCUGUCUCUUAGAGUUUCUCUGUCUGUCUCUCCUCCUUCUCUUGUUUCUUUGUGUUUCUCUCUGUCUCUGUUCGUCUCUCUCCCUCUGUCUCUUAGUGUUUCUCUGUCUGUCUCUCUCUCCCUCUGUCUCUUAGUGUUUCUCUGUCUGUUCUCUCCUCCCUCGUCUGUCUCUUAGGUUUCUCUGUCUGUCCUCCUCGUGUUUCUUGUUUCCUGUCGUCUCUCCCCCUCUGUCUCUUAGUGUUUUCUCUUCUCUGUUUUUCUGUCUGUCUCUCUCCCUCUGUCUCUCUCUUGUGUUUCUUCUCUGUCUUCUGCUGUCUCUCUCCUCUGUCUCUUAGGUUUUCUCUGUCUGUCUCUCUCCUCUGUCUCUUAGUGUUUCUCUGUCCUGUCUUCUCCUCCUCUGUCUCUUAGUGUUUCUUUCUCGUCUGUCUCUCUCUCUGCUCUGGUUCUUCUCUUGUCUCUCUCUCUCCCUUGCUCUAGUGUUUCUGUCUGUCUCUCUCCCUCUGUCUCUUAGUGUUUCUCUUCUUCUCUCUCUCCCUCUGUCCCUCUUAAGUGUUUCUGUCUGUCUCCUCCCUCUGUCUCUUAGUGUUUCUGUUUUGGUCUCUCUCCCUCCUGUCUCUUAGUUUUUCUCUCUGUCCUGUCGCUCUCCCUCUUGCUCUUAAGUGUUUCUCUGUCUGUCUCUCUCCCUCUGUCUCUUAGGUGUUUAUCUGUCCCUCUCUCUUCGCCCUCUGUCUCUUAGUGUGUCUCUGUCUCUGUCUGUCCUCUCGCCCUCUGUCUCUUAGUGUGUCUCUGUCUGUCUCUCUCCCUCUGUCUCUUAGUGUUUUCUUCUCUGUCUGUCUCUCCUCUCCCUCCCCUGUCCUUAGUGUUUCCUUCUCUCUCUGUCUGUCCUCUCUCCUCUGUCUCUUAGUGUUUUAUCUGCUCUCUCUCCCGCUCUCUUAGUGUUUCUUCUUCUGUCUCUGUCUGUCCUCUCUCCCCUCCUGUGCUUAGGGUUUUUUCCUGUCUGUCUCUCUCCCUCUGUCUCUUAGUGUUUCUCUCUCCCUCUCUCUCUUAGGGUUUCUCUCUCCCUCUCUCUCUUAGGGUUUCUCUCUCCCUCUCUCUCUUAGGGUUUCUCUAUUUCUUUCUCUCUCCUCUCUCUCUAUCUCCUAGGGUUUCUCUCUUUCUGUCUCUUAGGGUUUUUCUUUUGUUCUCUCUGUUUCUGAGGGUUUCUCUCUCGCUCUGGUCUCUCUCUUGUCUUUCUCUCUCAGGGUUUCUCUCUAUUUAUCUGGCUUGCUUCUCUCUUUUUGUAUUUGUUCUGCCUAUUACUCCACACAACAGAAUGACAGUCAAGUGCACUGAUCUCGUACAUCUCCCCCUCUCUCUCUUCAUUCCUCUACCCUCUCCCCCACCAGGUACAUAGUGUUUGAAGGAGAGGAGGGUCAGGAUGCCGGAGGCCUGCUGAGAGAGUGGUACAUGAUCAUCUCCCGGGAGAUGUUUAACGCCAUGUACGCCCUGUUCAGAACCUCGCCCGGCGACAGGGUCACCUACACCAUUAACCCCUCCUCCCACUGCAACCCCAACCACCUCAGCUACUUCAAGUUCGUAGGUCGCGUAGUGGCCAAGGCCGUCUACGACAACCGACUGCUGGAGUGCUACUUCACACGGAGCUUCUACAAGCACAUCCUGGGCAAGAGCGUCAGGUAACACACGUACACACACUACUUUUGGGCCCACUAGGGCAAAUGGUGUUCAGAUCAUCGAGAUGUACUUGUAGGUAGCUAGAGAUGUGUGUUAUGUUAACUGUGGCGUAUCAGCUUCCAGUAGUUGAUUGAGCACGUGUGUGUUGUGUCUUCAGGUACACAGACAUGGAGAGUGAGGACUACCCAUUCUUCCAGGGCCUUGUCUACUUGCUGGAGAAUGACGUCUCCACUCUGGGCUAUGAGCUGACAUUCAGCACUGAGGUAUGUCCUUUGUGUGUGUGCUUGUCGGUGUGUCUUGGCGUGUCUUUUUUAAAUGAUCCAAACUCAGAAAACUGCUAAUUAUGCAACUGAGUGCCUCAGGAUGGUUAUAAAGAAUCUGACUGACCUAAAUGCUGACUGAUGCCAGCCCAUGACCCAAUAUUAAAUUGGAUAAAUCAUGUUAGUUACAUUUCUCUAUAGCCAGUGACCCCAUAGAUACUAUUAAAUUAUGUGGAAGCUCUGCUGAACUGUUUCCCUCAAUCUCUCUCUCCUCCCUCUCUUUCCUCCCUCCCUCUCUCUCUCUCCCUCCCCCUCUCUCUGUCUCCCUCCCUCUCUCUCCCUCCCUCUCCCUCCCCCUCUCUCUCUCUCCCUCCCCCUCUCUCCCAUCCCUCCACCCCACUCCCGCUUUCCUCUCUCUACCUCUCUUUCCUCUCGCAUGUCCCUCCAUUCUCUCUCUGUCCCUGUCUCUCUGUCUCAGGUCCAGGAGUUUGGUGUGUGUGAGGUACGGGACCUGAAGCCUAACGGAGGCAACAUCAUCGUCACUGAGGAGAACAAGAAGGAGUACGUCCACCUGGUCUGUCAGAUGAAGAUGACUGGUGAGACCAGACACAACACCAUCACACCAAUCACAUGUAUUAUAGAAAACCCUUUUUACAUCACCAAUCACAUGUAUUAUAGAAAACCCUUUUUACAUCAAUCACAUGUAUUAUAGAAAACCCUUUUUACAUCAGCAGUUGUCACAAGGUGCUGUACAGAUACCCAGCCUUUAAAAGUACAUAUUUAAUUGGCAUAGUACAUUUGUGAACAUUCGGUCAAGCAGCCAGAGGAAUAUUAUACAAUUAUACAUGUCAUACUUUUAUUAGAGGUGUCCUUAUAAACUAGGAGCAUACGAAGUCAAAUGUACAUCAAGACUUUGUCUGGAACACUGUCUGUAAGAACACGUAAAGUAUGCACCUUCACGUUUUGACCUGUCUGCUGCAAGAAAGGGAAAAAUAAGACCUCCUGUAAGGGAGAUAUUGAAGUCUGUUUUGUGUGAACCUGCCUUCUCUCAUAGGUUGCUCGGCAGAACAAGUCUUGUCGUAAUGAAGUACUACUUGUGUAGCCUUGUAAGUGUUUUAAAUCUAUACUCCCUCUCUCUCUCUCUGUCCCUCCCCCUGUAGGUGCUAUCCGUAAACAGCUGUCAGCCUAUCUGGAGGGUUUCUAUGAGAUCAUACCCAAGAGGCUGAUCUCCAUCUUCACAGAGCAGGAGCUGGAGCUGCUCAUAUCUGGCCUGCCCACUAUAGAUAUAGAUGACCUCAAGGCCAACACAGAGUACCACAAGUACCAGUCCAGCUCUAUACAGGUAGAGAGGGGGACACACAAUACAGUACAACUCUCACACACACGCUCACUGACAGAGUACACAAGUACCAGUCCAGCUCCAUGCAGGUGCCUACAUAGAUGCAAACACCAGGGUCGUAUUCAUUCACUAGAGCAAAAUGUAGCGAAACAUUUUGCAACGGAACACUAAGACGAGUGUUUCUUAUUGGACAAGUUCUGAUGAAUACGACCCAGGGACUAACGAUGUCCCACAGUGCCAGAUGACAGUCUAUUAGUUGUAUUAUAUACUAUGCAUUCAUAUUGGUGAUGUGCUACUGGGGCUGUGAUCUUGACUGUUCCUCAGAUCCAGUGGUUCUGGCGGGCCCUGCGUUCCUUCGACCAGGCGGACAGAGCCAAGUUCCUGCAGUUUGUGACGGGCACGUCCAAGGUUCCUCUGCAGGGCUUUGCAGCUCUGGAGGGCAUGAACGGAAUACAGAAGUUCCAGAUCCACCGUGACGACCGGUCCACCGACCGCCUACCGUCAGCUCACACCUGGUAAAGACAUAUACACAUGCACUAACGCACGCACUGCUCACACCUGGUUAAUAACACACUUACAACUGGUACAAUUAAUGAAUGCUAGACCAGCUGUGCUGCAAUCUGCUCGCUAAGGGCAGAAUCCUGAUAUCUACUUUUUUGUUGCUUAAAUUAAGGUUUGAUGUCAAAAGAAUGUAGUUAUGUAUGUAGAUCUCAAGUCUGCAUUCAGCCAGCUCGAUAUGAUAGAACUUCAAUUACUCUGGUAAGUUAGUUCUAAGCGCUACCAUUCUCAAUUCCCUUAUAACCCAUUUCUCUCCUCCUCUCCUGUAGCUUUAACCAGCUGGACCUCCCAGCCUACGAGAGCUAUGAGAAGCUGAGACACAUGCUGCUGCUGGCCAUUCAGGAAUGCUCAGAGGGAUUUGGACUGGCUUAG